AUGACCAGUCUGUUUCGUAGAAGUAAUAGCACUGCAAACUCGAGAAGUGGCUCCACUCAGGAGCUGAACAACAGCCGGCCUGUGCGCAGGUUGGAGUUCAAUCAAGCCAUGGAAGAUUUUAAAACAAUGUUUCCAAACAUGGAUUAUGAUAUCAUUGAGUGUGUAUUGAGAGCUAAUAACGGAGCAGUGGAUGCUACAAUUGAUCAGCUGCUGCAGAUGAACCUGGAUGAAAGCGGAUAUGAUGACAGUUCUGACUCAGAUGACAGCAUUCCUCCAGAGGUUACAAGUUUUGUUUAUUUUAUAACUAGAAACAUAGAAUGUGAUGGCAGAUGAGAACCAUUUGGCCCAUCUAGUCUGCCCAAUUUUCUAAAUACUUUCAUUAGUCCCUAGUCUUAUCUUAUAGUUAGGAUAGCCUUAUGCCUAUCCCACGCAUGCUUAAACUCCUUUACUGUUAACCUCUACCACUUCAUCUGGAAGGCUAUUCCAUGCAUCCACUACCCUCUCAGUAAAGUAAUACUUCCUGAUAUUAUUUUUAAACCUUUGUCCCUCUAGUAGUUUUUAAACCUUUGUCCCUCUAUCUGUAGUUACAUGCAUAAUCUAAAUAUUAGAAAUAUAGAUCACAAAUGGAGAUUAAAUAGUAUUUCCUUGUACAGAGGAAUGGUAUUCUAUACUAUGCCUGGGUACUCCAGUUCACUCUUGUGUUUAUAUAUUAACUGGUGACUGUCUGUACAAAAUGGUCUGAAUAUAAGAUAUAAAUCUUUUUCCUUCCUUCCCUCGCAUUUCCGAAUAGGACAAGGAACAUGUAAAUCCUGAAUCUUAAUUAUUACAGACCAUCUCCAAAUUCACCCUACAUACUAUAAAUCAAGUGUGUGUGUGUUUUUCUCUGGGACAGGUUAGCAUGUUGUCCCAUUUUUCUAUUUUGUACCUGCAGGGUCUGCCUUCUAGGGCUUUACUCGGACGGUUGAUUGAGAGAUAUAUAUAUAUAUAUAUAUAUAUAUAUAUAUAUAUAUAUAUAUUUCUUUCUUUGCAAUGACAGAUAUUGCGAUAUAGGAGGAACGAUAAGGCUUGUACAAAAGCCAAGUCACGUAAAUACAGUUUUGCCGUAAUGUUACAGAAAGGAAGGUUCGUAGUGUUAAUGCAUGCAUCAUGUCAUACAUUGAUACUUGGCAUGAGCGCAAUCUGUCAGAUAGUAAAGAACUGUAAAAAUAAACAUAACAUAUUCAAAUUACGUUGCUGAUAAAUGUCAGAGCAGUGCCAAUCAUAAGCCUCCCUGCCGAACCUGUAUUUUGGAGUGUCCAUAAUAGAAUGCAGUGAUGUCGCCAGCCACUCCUCCAUCCGGAGAAUCUCCCCAAGAGUUCUCCAGUCAGGCUAUAAGCCGUGACCCCAAGUGGAUUAGCCCCGAGAGUAGUCACAAUGUUUCUGACCAUGUGUCAGGACUAGUUGCCCAGGCAUGCCAGGUGCCUGUGAUCAAUCUUCCCUUUCUCGCCACCCACCACAGAAAAUACAUUUUGGUAUUUUUUUUGUAAGGUGGAAUGCACAUACAUUGUAAUGUAUUCUGCGUAGAUUGCUUAGUGUACCGAGAGUGCGCAGAAGCGAUCUAUUGCACUUGAUGCAAAACAGAUUUUGCCAGCAACACUAUUUAAAUGUCCUAAAUACACGGACAGCUUCCAGGUGCAGACUUGGUACUUUUAGAGACAUAAAGUAGGAAAAUGUAUUUCCUCUCUUUUUUUUUUUUUGUUUCCUUUACUUGGAUGUUUCCUUUACUUGGACUUUAUUUCGUGUAAAAUAAUCCAAUUUAGUCUAGGUGCAAUCCUGCGUUGAAGAUAUAUAAACAAAAGCGAUGCACUCCAAGGACUUAAUAAGUGAAAAAAGGGGUAAUUUAUUCCAAUAGGUAUUGCAUCAAAAUUUAGCCGACGUUUCGACCCAUUCGUGUCUUUCUCAAGGUAUAUAAUAUUUUUUUUAGAAUAUCUAGUCCACCAAAAAUAUCAAGUCUCUAUGAAAGAAAGAGGAAAAGCUACCAUGCUGUACUAUCUGCAGUCCUCCUAUUCCAGAUGGUUCUAUUAUUAUAAUAAUCAAUUUUGCAUUUAUAUAGCACCAACUUAUUCCGCAGCAGUUUACAAUAUAUAGAUAAUGUGCAAGCCAGGCGCACAAGAGGAGACUGUCUGCUAUAAAGGCUAACAUUUCAUUGUUUAUGCAGUGGUUUCAUGCUAACCUGCUACAGUCCUCCUGUGGAUGUCAGAGCUACAGUAUGUUCCUGUGCUGCCUAAUUUCUAGACCUUACUUUUCUCCCUCAUACUAACUUGGCUGUUUCUUCCCUGCCUUGUGUCUCUUUCUCUGCCCUUUUCCCUCCCCCCGAACCACUGUUGGUGAACAGUGGGUUUUCCAUUGUCUUUAGGUGUGGCCAUUCUGCCUUGGUUUUUCUUUGGUUGGUGGUUCCCUGUGUUUACAUGCAUAGCAUCUUACUCACCGAGGAUGCAACUCGCAACCCGGUUUGGGUGGCGUCAGCCUCUGCAGCUGAUUGUGGUCCAUUGUUCAGGUGUGUGCAACCUAUUGCGUAGUGUUUUGUUGGAGGGGUUUUGGUCUUGAAGCAAGUGCUGAUGUUAGAAAGUUGCUUCCCUCUCUCCUAAAAUUGGCCAUUCCCACCUUCAUCCAUGUACUAUCCAACCUACUUUUAGCUCUAGUGUGCUAGUUUGUUACCUUUGCUGUCUGGAGCAAAACUUUAUUUAUUUAUUUUUUAAAAUUAUUUAUAACUAUAUCUCUGCCUUAUCCUUGACAAGUUUGUUUUGGUUACACUUUUUGCAGUCUAAUUCUGUGUCCAGGGCUCCUCCUGCUGCACACCCGGACAGCUCUGGAUAAAACAAUCUAUGCCUAUUAAAAGUGUAGGGGGGUGCGAACUUGACCUACCCCCCGCCCCCGCGAUACAGAAUCUCUAAUACUUUUAUAGUCUAAGUAUGCACUAUUUUGAGUGUUUUGAAGGAAGCUCUAACUUAUUCUAAAAUAUUUCAUUUGUAUCCUGGAUUCAAAGAAAUGAAUAAAGGACCACACAAUGAAGCAUUUAUUUCUAAAUGCCUUAGAGCAAGUUUUGCUGUUAUAGUUUCUGAGAAACCUUUGUAAAAUGUAACAAAGGUGGAUGUUGUUAUUGCACAGUUACGCAAGAAAACUGCUUUGCACGUUGGAGAAAACUCAAGUCUUAAGGCCAAUGAAUUAGAGAUUUCUUAGAAUAAUAUAUCAAGGUUCUUCAGCAGGGGUAGGCAGCCUUUUUGUAGUACUGUGCCAAAAUAAGAUCUUGAUGUGCCGGUCCUAUUUCUAUUUUUUUAUUUGUUUAAACCGAGGUGCGUAUGUUACCGUAUUCUGCUUGUGAUAUAUAUUUAUGGGUGCUGCAAUUGCAUUGUAACAUUGUAUUUGUGAGUAUGUGGGCUGUUUAUAUAUGUUCAUGAGUAGUUUGUGGUAUUGUGUAUAAUACCUAUGAAUAGGGGCUGGCUGUAGAAUUGUGUGUGUGGAUUAUAGCUGACUUUGUGUGUAUGUGUUAUUGCAUGUGAGAGGCAACUUGUGGGUUUAUGUGGACUGUCAGUGGUGUUAUGUUUGUGUAGGCUGUCUAUAUUAUUUGUAUUAGGGGGAGGCUUAUUCUGCAGCUCUGUGCAUACCUAACAGUGUGGGUGGUUUUCCUGGGGUCCAGUGUGGACCGGGCUGGCCAGUGCAGGUAAAGAACAAAAGCUGCGAUAGCUGCUAUGGGCUGCUCUACUCCACAGUGGAUUCCCAUUUACAAGCUCUUCUAGUGCACAAGGGCAAUAUGUAAAUUGAGGAUUGUCCCUCACCACCUGCGAAACCAAGUCAACCUGGUCCCUACUGCCCACGAGAAGGAGGUUUGGGAUUUCCGGUGGGCGGUGGUGGGUUCUACAGAAAACACCUAGUUGGCCGUGGACCAAGGCCAGCAGAGGAGAUCCAUGCAGUGCCAGCCUUGCUGUAAGCCCUCUCUGGCUGGUGCGGAGAUCAAAAAUCUCCCACACUGGCACUUGGUGCCAGCAGACUGAGAGAAGGGCCUGGGAAUCUCUAUGUUCCUCCCGCGAGCAGGCUGGUCAGAGCGAUGCAGCGUGUUACCAUGGCAACUCUCCAAUACAGUGCUGUGCUCGCAGGAGGACAGUAGAGUCAGCCUGCAGCCAGAGGAGCUGCAGACUAAAGUGAACAUGCCACCACUGGAUCACAAGGACUUGCAGCAUUAUAUACCCUCUGGUAAAAGGUAAGAAGAAAGAUUUUCUCAACUCACCCAUCUACACAAAGCAUAGACCCUAUGCAUCCCUCGCACACAGAGUGACUGCCCCCUAGCACACAGUAUCCUUACCACAUACACACACACUACAUCCUUCUCUCACACAGCACCCUUCACACACACUAACCCUAACACACACUGCUCCCUACACACACACUACCCCUUCACUUACACACACACUAUCCCCUUCAGACACACCACACACACACUAUCCCCUCAGACACCACACACUACCCACUUCAGACACCACACACACACACACUAUCCACUUCAGACACCCCCACCCCCACAGACACACAUAGAAAAAAAUGGAUAGCUUUAAGUUCAUAUUUCUCCGUUUUAAAAAGAAAACAAAUCAUACUCGCGCUAUAAAAUUAGUAAAUUUUACUAUCAACGAAUGUGGACGGUAGGUAUUAAAAGGUUGAUUACCCCUGCUCUACAGCAUAGAGCAAGGUUUUAGUUUUCUGGUGCUUCAGUGGCAAUAGUCCAAAAUAUUUGAAUUACGAAGACCUGGUAAAGUUGUUAAACAUCAAGAUAGAGCAAUAACAUUUUUAGCAAGAAUUGUAGGAUAUGCAGUUUGGCCCAGAGCCCUGUUCAUGGACACUGGAUGCCUUUUCUAAAUACCCUCCCUCUGCGACUUCAAACAAUGUCACCGCUUUAACUGUGCACUGGAUGAUUUCUUAAAAUCGAUGGCUGGUAAAAAGGCACUACCCCGAAAAAGUAAAAGAAAUUUUAUUUUUUUAUGCUGGAACAGUAAUCUCUCCUGGAAGAUGGAUAUUGAAAGAACAUUUUUUUAUGAGAACAGACAGAAGUAUGACAAUAGAAAGUCUUCUAGGAGCAAUCGAUUAUGCCACUGAAGCUAGGCCUGUAGAAGAACUUUCUUUCUCAGUGUUGCAAAAAAAAAAAAUUCAACUUCAAUAGACAAUCUCAUAGACAUUGGAUACAGAAUUUGAUUUUGAUCAGAUUUUUCAGAAUUCUGUUCCAAGGUAUAUUUUCAGGGCUAAUUCAAGUUCUGCAUCAUGAGGUUUAGGAAGUAAUCACAAAAGGAGUGGUAGAAUGAUGCUCCAGUGGCAGAAAAAUUUCUAGGAAAAAAAAAGAUAAAAUAUGCAGAGUGAUUUUUUUUUUUGUAUCUCAGAAAUAAAAUAAAACGAGAUUACAAAUGGAAACUGUACUCUCAGCCAUGCAGUCUAUAAAAUAAGGAAAACUCCUUGUUUAUUCUAAAUGAAGUGCAAUGAAGAUACUGUAUUCUAAUCACUUCCAUCAUUCCGGCAGAACACUGGCUUAAGGAUAGAGUACAACGAGUUAUCAUUAAUGGUAAAUUUUCAGGCUGGACAAAAGUGGUAAGUGGUGUCCCUCAGGGUUCUGUUUUGGGACUGCUUCUAUUCAACAUAUUUAUAAAUGAUCUUGAAAUAGGCAUUGAAAGCCAUGUUUCAGUGUUUGUAGAUUACACAAAACUUUGUAAAGUAAUAAAAUGUGAGCAGGAUAUUGCUUUGCUGCAGAGGGAUUUGGAUAGAUUGGGGGACUGGGCACUAAAAUGGUAGAUGAAAUUUAACAUAGAGAAAUGCAAAGUUAUGCACCUCAGGGUCAAGAAUGCCCAAGCAACUUACACCCUAAAUGGUAGUGAAUAGGGGAUAACCACACACGAAAAGUAUUUGGGAAUUCUUAUAGACAACAAAUUAGGCCGCAAUAUGCAAUGUCACUCUGCAGUUGCUAAUGCCAGUAAGGUAUUGUCAUGUAUAAAUAGGGGCAUAAAUUCUUGGGAUAGAAAUAUAAUUUUGCCUCUUUAUACAUCGCUGGUAAGACUGCACCUUGAAUAUGCUGUGCAAUUUUGGGCACCUGUUCUAAAGAAGGAUAUCAUAGCACUAGAAAAAGUGCAGAGACGAGCAACAAACUUGAUAAAAGAAAUGGAGCAUUUUAGUUACGAAGAAAGGUUAAAAAAUGUAAAUCUCUUUAGUUUGGAAAACUGUGCCUGAGAGGGGAUAUGAUAACAUUAUACAAAUAUAUUCGGGGGCCAGUACAAACCAUUAUCUGGAAAUCAUUUCAUAAACCGGGCUAUACAUAGGACACAAGGUCACACAUUUAGGCUGGAAGAAAUGAGAUUUAAUCUAAAGCAAAGAAAAGUGUGUGUGUGUGUUUAUUUUUUUUUUUUUUUUAUUUUAAUUUUAUUUUUUUACAGUAAGAGCAAUAAGGCUAUGGAAUUCUCUGCAUGAAGAGGGUGGUUUUGUCAGGGACCCAGGGAGCGGCAGUAUCUUAUACCUCGCUAAUUGGGCCAUCAGCUUCAGGUGGGCGGAGAUUGAUAGUUCAGAGCCACUGGUGAAGUCCAGCACCCAGUGCUGGAGACAUGGAAAAGAUAAGCUCCAGGCCAAAACAAGAACUGAAGUGGCUCAGAGGCAGGAACACGGGAUUAAAACUAUUAAAGGACCACUCUAGGCACCCAGACCACUUCAGCUUAAUGAAGUGGUCUGGGUGCCAGGUCCAGCUAGGGUUAACCCAUUUUUUAAUAAACAUAGCAGUUUCAGAGAAACUGCUAUGUUUAUAAUGGGUUAAGCCUUCCCCCUAUUCCUCUAGUGGCUGUCUCAUUGACAGCCACUAGAGGCGCUUGCGUGCUUCUCACUGUGAUUUUCACAGUGAGAGCACGCCAGCGUCCAUAGGAAAGCAUUGUAAAUGCUUUCCUAUGAGACCGGCUGAAUGCGCGCUCAGCUCUUGCUGCGCAUGCGCAUUCAGCCGGCGGGGCGUAACGGAGGAGGAGAGGAGGCAGAGAGCUCUCCGCCCAGCGCUGGAAAAAUACGUUUUUACCCCUUUUCCCCUUCCAGAGCCGGGCGGGAGGGGGUCCCUGAGGGUGGGGGCACCCUCAGGGCACUAUAGUGCCAGGAAAACGAGUAUGUUUUCCUGGCACUAUAGUGGUCCUUUAAGCACCCAGGCUCAAAUCCCUUAUUGGGCACUUAUGGGUCGACCCUGUCUGGCCGCCUGGAUGUCACGGUGAGAACCAUGACAGCCAGUAACUGGUAAUUUUGGACAAAGAAUAGUUUAUUCAAGGAAAUGCUUUCUUUAAAGAAUCUGAAGAACACAGGCAUCCUUAGUGGAAUGGGUACAGUUGUUGAGAAAACUCCUACCUGGAGACACUGGGUUGGCAUCCCAACAGAACGGUUUAGCCAGGAAGAAUCCCUUUUGAAAUGAUCAUCUCUGCAGGCAGAAAACAUCCCUGCCAUGACUUUGUUCUGGAGAACUCCUUCCCUGCGUUGUACGAAUAUGAUCUUUUGUCCGGAAAGGACUUGCGAUGUUGGCCAAAUGUUCUCCUUGAACAUCAAUCCUGAGAAAGGAAAGCUUUACAUUAUUCUAAAACGUUCUUAAAGCAAUUGUCUAAGUAUUUCCCAAAAAGCAUGUUUCUUUGAUAUGGAAUAGCACAAAGACUGUUUUUGGAGGCUGUAUCUGCCAGACACACCCUUAGCCAAAGAGCUUGUCUAGAGGCUAUGGAAAAACCAAUAUCAACUGAAGCAAAUUCCAAGGGCGUCUGACUUUACACAGGGAUUCCAGAAGUCUGACUUGGCUGACCCCAUUCGGAAUAUCCAUUUCAAGGUCACGUAACCAUUGCUUUAGAGCUCUGGAAACUGAUUUCAUGGCCACUGCACUAGGCAGACCAGAUCCAGCUGUAAUAUGUGCUUUUGAUAAAUUAGGAAACCAUGCACUUGUCUAUUGCAUCUUUUGAGAUAGCCUGCAUUUUCUAUGGUCUCUUUGGACAGGUGAAUGAUGGCCGCAUCAAUUUUAGGAGCCGUAUCCCACAAUGCACUAGCAGAAGACUUAAAGGAUUUCUCCAUCUCCAUCUUUUUUUUUUUUUUUUAUCUGUGAAUGUCUGUAGCGAACAGAACCUCGCCAUGGACUUUUGGAGGGGCCUGUUAGCCAGCCUCCUGUGAAAAGACUAUGGGCCAGGUCAGCGACUGUAAAUAUACAUAUUUUAUUCCCUAUGGUCCGGCACAGACCAAAACCCGCGAAUAAACUUCAGGGGGACUUGGCCGUCAAUGCCCUGGAACUAUUUUCGGCACGAAAACUUUGCGGUACCCGGCCCAGCCCUCAUCGGCACUUAGCCUUGAUUCUAUGGAACUGUUUUUUUGGGCAUGGGACCAUGCGUGAGGUCAGCCAAAACUAUGAAUUCCAGGAAAUUCCUGAACCCCUGAACAGAUCUGGUUGAUUUUUGGAUAUGUUCUUUACCCAGAUCUGGGCUAUCAGGGGAUGUAACUUUGUUUUGUGGGGGUUUUGUAUGUUUUAAAGGUAUUUGGGUUUUUUUAUAAAAAUGUUUGUGUCUGGAGAUAAUUGAGUUUAUACAGUACUUGAUUCCAUUAUCUAUCAGGUACAGAGAAAGGAUUGACUUAGUUUGUAUGGGAGUGUCCUGGAUCUGAGAGCCAAUGUGAUUGUAUAUUUGUCUUUACUGUGGUUUACUCUCAGGUCCAGGAGGGGGAACGCCCCUUUCAUGUAGACUGUCAUAAAAGGCCAAGUGUGGUCCCAUUUAAAGUCAGUUCAUUUCACCCUCAACACGCAGCCUCGUCUCGUGAUUGUAGGGAACAGCUAUACCUGCUUCGGAUUGCUAAACUGGCUAUAAUACCUAGCGCUUGUCAGAGCUACACAGCUAGACUCUCUGGCAUAGGAGAGGUCCACCCACUGGAAGCUGGAUCCUGGGCUUGGGUCCAGGGUGGGUGGAGCACAGCGAGACCUCAUCCAAGCUGCGGCGGCUAAUGUGCUUAUGGUGUCUGGUGCGGUGCCUAUGGUACUCGGCAACGGCUAGGAAGCAGCGAUUGGUGGAGGCACCCAAUCGGGAUGCCAGGCGGUCCGUCACAAUGUCCUAUUGGGGGGAAAAAAAUGUUUUGGACUGUUUUAAAGGUUUUUACUUACCUGGAAUCCAGCAUCCCCAGCAAAGUUCCUGGCACACUGCUCCAUGCCUCUUCAUGACUUGUGGGCAGCCGCGCCAGGUCCAAUCACAGGCCUCUCAUAGAGGGAUUAAGGAUUUCUGCCACUCAUUCAUAGGAUAGAGGUGGCAGUGCAAUGUAGGUGAAAGGGAGAUCUAUCUUCCAAUUGCAGGUGCUCUGCCUGCAAGGGAGAAGAUUGAAACGCUGUACAUACUGAAUUACCGACAGAUGUAAUCAGAAACACUUCACAUACAUACUUAUACCACCAUAAUCACUUCAAAUCACAGAAGUGGUCAUAGAGAUUGCAGUAGCUCUUUAAAAGGAUAAAGCUCCCUUGGACUGAAACCCUCCUCUCUGUCUUACUCUAUUCCUCAUUAGUCAGUUCCCCAGUAACCUUUAUGUAAAGGGAAUGUGGAAUACUGCUUUUUCAUGUCUUCAAAAUACUUGCUGGAAGCAUAUUCUUCCUGAGACGUAUAUUUCAUAUCGUGUGUCUCGCACCGCUUUAAUUAGGAAUUCCACUUUCAUGCUGGCCAGAGAGACGGGGGAGAACAAAAUAGUCUUCCAUAAAAGAUUUGGUCAUUCCACCAUGUGUUCCAAAUACUGGAACGCAAUAGAAACCAUAGGGAGCAAGCCAGGAAUGCUGAAAAACAACCUAAAAUCUGCCAAGAAGACUGAAAUAUGAGCAAAGAAAACUCCCAGACUGAUCAUCAAUGUCAUUAUGAAAUCCAAAUGGUUGGGUGUAAGCCAAGAAUGUGCAACUGCUUCCUACAUUCAUCUUUGUAAACCCAUAGGAAGGAAUGAUCACACAGGGGCUCUGGCACAUGCAGCUGCCACAUACCGGUAUAUGGUAUCUGCAGUAUGUCCCCCCAGUUGAUACGGUGUGGAUAAUCGUAUGUCCUGAGGCUUCCAUUGUGAGAGAGGCUGCACUCCAUGUGGGAGAGUGAUACAAUAGACCCAAGUAAGCAACAAAAUAAAAAUGAGGUGCAAAGCAUCCUGAGGCCAAUGAAAGUGGACAGAAAAAAUAGACUCGGGAUGUAGGGAAAGGAGUUCCUUCUAUUAUUAUAAGGGAUACUGUAGUGCCAGGAAUACAAUUUUCCUGCCAUUACCGAUCCCUCUGCCUCCCCCCUCCCUCGUGCCCCUUCCUACCUGGUAAGUAAGGAGUUAAAAAUCCUUUUAUGUACUUACCUUAUCCCAACGCCAAUGUCCUUGGCGCUGGGUCGAAUCUCCGCUCCCUCAUCUGUCCUGGACUCUUAUUUCUCUGGAAUUGCAAUGUUUAACAUUGCAGCACUAAGUGCAAAAGGGUCACAGCAUCCAGACCACCUCAAUGAGCUGAAGUGGUCUGGGUGCCUACAGUGUCCCUUUAAUUAGGCACUAUUCCUGACCACUGUAGGAGUGGGAUGAGCUAUACACAUCUGUGCUGCAAUGGAUAUAUCUGGUAAAAGUGAUUUAACUCCUAAAUGUCGGGGGGAGGGAGGGGAGAAAUGGCAAUCUGAUAUCUGAUGUUAAAACUAUGACAGAAACACCAUUCCAAUACUUUUCAAGAACAUUUUGACCAUGUCACUUAUCAAAUUUUGCAUCUAAAAGGACUUGAACAUACUAUUCUAACAAUUAACCAGCAUCACUAAAUAUUUGCACAGAAGUAUGUCACAGUGCCGCGGGUUCCUGUCGGUGUGGCCGCACAGAAAAACAGCAGUCACGCAGACAGAAAUAAAUACUUCUUACCCGCAGCAGAUCUCAGCUUGACCUCCUUCCAUCCUGGUUUCUAGCGCGUGCGGCGUUACUGGAGACGCCGGCCGCUGCGGUUCCGAUUUUAAUAGGGAAAUAGCCUUUGCCCAUAUCAAAGAUGGCGCUUACGUGUCAAGUCAUAGAUGUGCACACACGUUUUGGGGUCAGAGGUCACAUACAGCCAAUUACAGCUUUAGGAGGGUUUUUAACCCCUUAAGGACACAUGACAUGUGUGACAUGUCAUAAUUCCCUUUUAUUCCAGAAGUUUGUUCCUGAAGGGGUUAAACUAAAUAUCAGUGCCCUGUCGUGGUUUCCCUUAGAUUGUUAUCCGAGAGUGUGUUCCUGAUCGUGUAUUUCUGUUUUUUGACUUCUCUGACUUCUGGUAUCCUUGACUAUUGUCUUUUUCUAAUCGCUGUGUCUCGUUCUGUGCCCCUGACCUCUGUUAGUACAUUUACUAUUCUUGGGUACGUUAAGUCCAGCCAUUCUAAGGUCCAGUUAGACGUUACUCUUAGUCCUAGGUGUGAUACAAUUCUGCAUGCUUGAUCAACUAAUCCUGACAUAUAACACAUGGGGGUGGGGCCUGGCAGCAGUCCAAGUGAAUCGCUUAAUGCUAAAGCUCCUCAGUAAAACCCAGAUAACUGCACUUUUUCUGGCGAAAUUGUGCCUACAACCCUGGGGAGCACUCUGCUUAAUGCUUGACACCUUUCUGCCUGACUCCAGCAGACACAGGCCAAGCUAGGGUACCCUGAGGCCUGCAGCCAUACCAGAGGUGGGGGAGACGGCCGAUCCCCUGCCUUGAAUAAGACCAUGCAGGCUUUUAACCCUGUCCCUGUCCCUCCCCCCCUUUGGUCCGGAGUAGGAUAUCCCGGUCCCAAUUGGAAUACUUGUGUGGUAAACAGCCUCCCAGUGCACAGAGACCAAAAUGGCACAGAGUUCACACAGUCAAAAUGGCAGCCACAUGCACCUCCUCACAGUCAUCCAUGUCCAUGGACAAGCUACUCAUGACAUUUGAUGACGUGUGUGCUAGGUCCUGGGAAAGAUUCUAUGCUCAAAAGUACCUCUGCUCCUGUGGUCCUAGUCUUGUCCCCCCUAGACUAGUCCUGCUGGCUGACUGCUCAUAUGGGAGAAUUCUCAGGGAGUUCCCAGACUGGCCUUGUGCAGAAGACUGCAUGUGAGGACAUGCGACAUGUGACUACCUUGCACAGCUCUUGCCUUCCCACUGGUACUCACUCACCUCGACUACAGUGUGAUAAGCAUCCUCACCUCCAUCACGGCCUGCAGGAUCCGGAGAUCUAGGGUUCUCGCUGCCGGUAGUGCAGGGCCGUGGAAAAGAUUAUGCUGGGUGGCCAUGGGACUUAGGGGAAGUGCCCUAUUGAGCGGUGGAGGCUGGGAAUCUUAUCAGCAACUUGGCUGUUUUGCUGAGGAUCUCUUGGUGCUCGAUGUUCUACACACUGGUGUUAUUAUAGUAUAUUGCAGUGCCUUUCCUAUUUAUCUGUUAUUUUUGAUGGCCCAGUGCUACUUACCUAUUAUUCUCCUCUACAGUUCUAUCUUAUGACCUAUCUCACUCUUUCUGUUAUUGGAUAGAACUGUAUUCAUGAUGCUUCUCAUACUUAAAAAUGUGCAUCCUGCAACUAGCAUGCAAUACAUCGAAUAUUGUUGUAUUUUUGAUCUGAUGCUGACCAAUAUGCACAUAUUCUUGUUACAUCAUUGCACUUAAAAAAAAAAAAAAAUACAAAUUUUGCAUUGCAGAUUUAAAUCCACAACUAAUGGCGGUCUCCCUGACAGCUACUGGGAGAGGCUUCCAAUGCCCUGAAUAAGUAAAACUCAUCAUGUGACAUGGAUUUUUAUAGGAAGGCAUUCAAUACUGCUUUCCUAUGGGAUUCUCAAUGCAUUGGAAAAUCGUCAGAGGAUGACAAGCCUCCUUGAUGAUGCUACAGAAGGUGGAGACAUGAAAGUGCUGAAGGAGUCUUGAGUCCUGGAAGAAGGUGAACAAGGGCCGUACAGAGUUGGGCAUACGGAUUUGUAUUCCUAAUGCUGUCGUUUUCCUUCAAAGAAUAUACAAAAAAUGGUGAAUAGUGGGUAACUUGUUGCGAGUGUAUUGGAGAUUGACCGUGGUUCAUCCUAUAAACACAUGUUUCUACACAUUUAGCAAUGAUCAUAAUUUGCUGUCCUGCCCAGUUUUUUUAAUUUGUAGGCUAUUGCUUAGUAUUCCUUUCUCUUAUAAAAGUACAAUAUGGGAUGAGAUUAAAGCAGAUGUCUGAACCUGGAAAAAAAAGUACAACACACUGCAAACACCUCCCUGACUUGAUGAAGCAAUUUUAACAAACACAAAAAAAACAAUUUAAUAAAUGAUUCUUCGUUAAUCAGUUGGACCAAUUAAAGGAAAAUGUAAUGUCUAUUUAGAAAUACUUUAUAGGAACCUCUAAAUCUGGUUGCCAAUACAUCUUAAAGUGAACCUGUAGAGAAGAAAAAAAAAAAAAAAAACCAAAUGCUCCCACAUACAUUGAAUACACCAUAUAUCCCAAAGAUGUAUAGAGAUUGUCACGAACGUGGGCUAUUGGCCCAGCCGAGACAGUGGGGAGAGUGUGAAAGUGAAAUUAAUGACACCAGAUCCCUGGUUACCUGUUGUUAGUUUCACUAAAUUAACCCCUGCAAUACAUCCUACACUAACACCCUAGUACACAAUUUACUGCCACCACCAAGACUUUGUCUGGGCGUCUUAGGUUACCCCACACACACUAGAAUUAUAGUAUCACUUCCUUGACUGAUCAGACAUGUAUAAUCGUCAGUGUAAAAAUCAGUUUUUUGCAAUUUUGUUUUCACACUGAAACUGUACUUUCACUGACGAUAUCAUUGACAGCUGCUAGAGGCGCUUUCGCGUUUCUCACUGUGACUUUCACAGUGAGAAGACACUAGCGUCCAUAAGAAAGCAUUGAGAAUGCUUUCGUAUGGACUGGCUGAAUGCGCGCACGGCUCUUGCCGUGCAUGCACAUUCAGCCGAUGACGGCGAAAAGGAGGAGAGUUCCCCGUGCCGAGAGAGCCCGGCGGGGGAAACCAGGUAAGAUUUAACCCCUUCGUCAUCCUAGAGCCCGGUGGGAGGGGAACUCUGAGGGUGGGGGCACACUCAGGGCACUAUAGUGCCAGGAAAACGAGUAUGUUUUCCUGGCACUGUAGUGGUCCUCUAAGGGAUUCUAUCAUAAGAGGUGUGGAGCUGGACAAUAGUGGUCUUGUGAGAUGUCUUCCUGGAGCUACUGCUCACAGAGAAAGGAGACGUAUUUGUAAUAUUGUUAAGCGAGCAAAGCAGGAAGGGGGAUUGGAUGUACUUGUCCAUCUAGGGACAAAUUAUUUGGCUUGCGAUGAGAUUUCAGCGGUAAAGUACGUAAGAUGUAUGCCAAAAUAAUUUUUUAAAUCAACAACUUAUUACAACAUAAUAUCAUAAUGCCAAGUGUUGGAAUGCCUGUCUAAUUUCUUUCUCGGGUUGUGGAAUGUACCUACAGUAUGCUGUAUAUUUCCAGCGCCCCAAUGACUUAAUAAUAUGAGUAGGUAUGUUCCUUUUAGAAGGCUGCUGAGGCUGCCCCCAUCCUAAAUGAAUGUCCAGAGUAGUGUGAGGGGUUAAGGCUUAGUCUCAUCAACAUGAUUCUAACAUAAAGUAUGAAUUUGCUUGUAGUGAGGAUGGUGCCUUGUAAGGUAAGUAAAGGGUGAUUCGUUGGUGCCUUCAAGUUAUUCAGAUAGGCAUCUAAAGUCUUUACUGGACACCAUCUAUUAAAUGUGUUGUAAUAGGGAAUUGUGAUGGUUUUCCCAGGUUGACUUGUCUUGGUAUGUAGUAGUGAGAGUAAAUAGUGUUAUUUAUGUUUGAUUAUAUGGGCAAUUUUAAAACAGGACCUUAAAUCGGUAGUAUAUAUGGUAGUGAAUUCUCUGGGCCUAAGGAAUCCGUAAAAAGCUAAAUAUAUUGCGACUUUUAAGGUCUACUUGGUCAUGGAUUCUAAUAUGGAGUUAUCCAAAUAGGUCUGACAGUGACCUGAACAAGCUCCCAUUAGUUGGUAAUCUUUGUGGCGUUUGUCGUACUACACCUCUGGAUUCCUUUUAAUAAGGUCUUGAUUUGGUAAGAUGAUAUGAAGGUCUGUUGGUUUGGGAAUAGGGUUAGCAUGUGGUGUUGUAACCCUGUGAGGUAAAGUUUGAUGGUAUUGUAGGACAAAUGUAAAUUGAGGUGGCAAAAGGAAGCAAAAGCCACCAAAGAUUCCAUUGUGUACAUGUCUACCACCGGGAAGUCCCUAGUAAAUUUUACAAAAAUAUCGAGAGUGUAGCGGAGAUGCAAUAUUACCCAGGUUAUCUUCGCUUAUAAUCCAAGUGAGUCUCAGGAACAAGUAAAUAGUAAAUCCACAGACAAGGCUUCCAGCAGGUAAAAUACAGCAAUAUCCCAAAAGCAAUCCCAAUAACCGGACGACACACAGUUUCAGGAGCAGAACUGCAAGCUUUUAAUCCACAGUCUCCUUAUAAAGCAUGCUCCCAUGCAAGGGAGGGAUUUACAGUAAUUAUUACAGUAGCCAAUCCUGUCCUGGUAACCUCCCACACAUCUCCUCCCCUCAGCCAGCAUCAUAAUCCCCUUAUCCAGCACACCAAUUCCCCCCGUUUCUGGAUGUACCCCUAAACGUAGGGGUACCACUUUAAAUCCUACAUCCCCGGAUACCCCUGAUCUGGGUGAACAACAUAUCCAAAAAUCACCCAGAUCAGACCAGGGGUUCGGGAAAUGUAUGGAGGGAAUAAAAUGACCGACCGCACUAACUGAGAUAGCCGAAUUCGGUUCCAUGUGAAUGGGCCCUGCGGUCGGUCCUGGCAUAAGGGAACAAAAUACACGAAAACCUCUAGCUAUAGAGGCUAGGGAGGGUUCGCCUGAAUCCCCUCGUUCGGUAUUUUCUAUCUACCGAACGAGGGGCCGUUCUGUAGUUUGGAACCGAACGGACCAGGGUUGUGGAGGUCUCAGCUGUGUUCGCCUACUCGAGUGUCCGAUUUUAGUUCCAGACACUCGACGGCAAAACACCGCUGUUCGGGAGUUUUGAAAUGGCCGCCGCCACGUGUUCGUUUGUCGAAUGGCGGCCACCCCCGAGAACAAAGGACGGCUACUUACUAUUCAAUUACCCGUUCGCAACAAUGUUGCAACGUGUAAUUGAGGACACACUUCACACAGGGGAGGUCUGGUUGUUCGGUAGUUUCAUUCGAAUAAACUAAGGGAAUGAAACUACCGAACAAUCAGAGGAAUACAAUUCUCUUUAACACAUAGAAAACACAGCAGAUACACGAAUGCAGGUAUAUACAGUAUAUUUGUAGGGUCGCCUGGUGCCAUCCGCUACAGAGAGCUCAUUUGUAUGCUCGCUAGGUGUUUUCGAAAAAAGCGUAUUGCGACAGCAUUCUGCCAUGUGGUAGGAGUUGGCCUAAUCCAAGAUGAGCUCUUGAAACUGAGGGGCCGGAGUUGCUACCAUGGAGGCAUUGGGAUGUAGUAGGUGGAAUUCCAGAAAACUGAAGUGGGACAAAUGGUCAACUGCUGUGUUUUGAGCACCAGGCACGUUUUUGCAACAUAUAAAGAACUGAUGAGUUGCUGCGAGCCAAGUUAAUUGUCUAACAAAACUCAUAAUGCCUAGCGAGGGGGACCGGCCUUUGUUGUUGAUGUGACAAGUUGCUUGAUUGUCUGAAAAACAAUGCACUGUGUGUCCUGACAGGAGUGUCCCCAUGUUGCUGCCACAAUAUGGUAAAUCUCCAGCAAUUGCUGAAGUCUGAUCAAAGGCCUCCAAUGUUCUGGUCUCGGGCGGCCAACUGCAUCACCACAGAUGGCCACAAAACCAGUAGAAGCCACUGUAUCUGAACACAACAUUGGGGAAUCUGGGGACAGUGGAAGUAUGAACAUGGACUUCCCAUUCCAUUGGAAUAAGAAAUUCUGCCACAUGCAUAAAUCUGCUGUGGCCUGAGAAUCCAGAGAAACCUCACUGUCCUCGGAGGGCAGGCUAGGCAAUAGACAUACAGGUGAUACUCGAAAAAUUAGAAUAUCAUGUAAAAGUUCAUUUAUUUCAGUAAUGCAAUGUAAAAAGGGAAACUAAUAUAUCAGACGCAUUACAUGCAAAGCAAGAUAGUUCAAGCCGUGAUUUGUCAUAAGUGCAAUGAUUAUGGCUUACAGCUCAUGAAAACCCCAAAUCCACAAUCUCCGUAAAUUAGAAUAUUGUGAAAAGGUGCAAUAUUCUAGACUCAGUGUCCCACUCUAAUCGGCUAAGUAAGCCAUAACACCUGCAAAGGGUUUCUGAGCCUUUAAAAGGGUCUGUCUGGUUCAGUAGGAAUCACAAUCAUGUGUAAGACUGCUGACCUGACAGUUGUGCAAAAAAAACCAUCAUUGACACCCCCACAUAAGUAGGGUGUAAUCACGAUACCCAAUACGCAAUGUGAAAAACAAUAAAGAAAGACAGAAAGUCCCUAAACCGGUCCUUAGAAUGGCCAGAAACAAGCCAACGUCAAAGGAACACAGAAAUACACAAAAUUGAGGAACAUAGAGUCAGGGAAAACAGAAAUCAGAGUAGUCAAAGGCAAGCCGGGUCAGUACACAAAGAACAGUCAAAGAACACAGGAACACGCUGAGGAGGUACUAGGAACCAGAGCAGGGCACGGAUUUAGGAGGCAGACUGGGCUUUUAUAUGAUUGGGAGCGUGAUUAACAUAGCCACGCCUCCAAAAGGUACCUGUACGUUGAGCUCUUUCGUUUAGAGCUCCUUUGGUCACAUGGUUUUGGUACCAUGUACUGUCUCUUUAAAAGAAGUGGGCGCAUAGCGGCCGGCGUGUCUGAUGCUAGAUGCAUCUUUUCUGGACGUGGGAGUGGUGGUCCGACUGAUCCCAAUGUCGGCGGACCGACAAGGUAAGUGAUUUACAGCUUACAGAGGGAAAGCCUCAAAAGGUAAUUGCGAAGGAAGUUGGAUUUUCCCAAAGUGCUGUAUCAAAGCACAUUAAUAGAAAGUUAUGUGAAAGAAAAAAAGUGCACAACAGCAGGGAUGACCGCAGCCUGGAGAGGAUUGUCAGGAAAAGGACAUUCAAAAGUGUUGGGGACUUUCACAAGGAGUGGACUGAGGCUGGAGUCAGUGCAUCAAGAGCCACCACACACUGACGGAUCCUUGACAUGGGCUUCAGAUGUCGUAUUCCUCUUGUCAAGCCGCUCCUGAACAACAAACAACGUCAGAAGCGUCUUACCUGGGUUAAAGAAAAACAGACCUGGUCUGUUGCUCAGUGGUUCAAAGUCCUCUUUUCUGAUGAGUGCAACAUUUGUCUGGAGGAAGAAUGGAGAGGCACACACUGCAAGAUGCUUGAAGUCCAGUGUGAAGUUUCCACAUUCUGUGUUUAUUUGGGGAGCCAUGUCAUCUGCUGGUGUUGGUUCACUGUGCUUCAUUAAGUCCAGGGUCAACGCAGCCGUCUACCAGGAGAUUUUGGAGCACUUUAUGCUUCCUCCCGCAGACGAGGUUUAUGGGGAUGCCGACUGCAUUUUCCAGCAGGACUUGGCACCUGCCCACACUGCCAAAAGCAUGGUUCAAUGACCGUGGGAUUACUGUGCUUGAUUGGUCAGCAAACGCGCAUGACCUGAACCCCAUAGAGAAUCUAUGUGGCAUUGUCAAGAGAAAGAUGAGACCGAACAAUGCAGAAGAGCUGAAGGCCACUAUUGAAGCAUCCUGGUCUUCCAUAACACCUCAGCAGUGCCACAGGCUGAAAGCUUCCUUGCCACGAGGUAGUAAUUGCUGCAAAAGGGGCCCAAACCAAGUACUGAGUCCACAUGCAUGCUUAUACUUUUCAGAGGUCCGAUAUUGCUCUAUGUACACUCCUUGUUUUAUUGAUUGCGGAUUUGAGAUUGUGGAUUUGGGGUUUUCAUGAGUUGUAAGCCAUAAUUAUCGCGCUUAUGACAAAUCACGGAUUGAACUAUCUUGCUUUGCAUGUAAUGUGUCUAUCUCAUAUAUUAGUUUCCCCUUUUACGUUGCAUUACUGAAAUAAACUUUUGCACGAUAUUCUAAUUUUUCGAGUAUCACCUGUAGAAGCCUAAAAACGAAAGACCUGCUCUGCGGGAUGAUUCUCAUAGCCAAAUUUAAAGGGACUCUCCAGUGCCAGGAAAACAAACCAUUUUACUGGCACUGCAGGUCCCCUCUCCCUCCCACCCCCAUCUCAUGUUGCUGAAGGGGUUAAAACCCCUUCAGUGACUUACCUGUUCCCAGCGCCGAUGUCCCUCGGCACUGGUUCAGGGUCCGCCGACUUCAUCCAUCAAUGCAGCGCACGCGCAUUAGACCUCCCCAUAGAAAAGCAUUGAAAAUGCUUUUAAUGCUUUCCUAUGGGGAUUUUAGCGACGCGGGAGGUCCUCACAUCUGUGCUAGAAAAUCUGUGCUACAAUCCCGGAAGUGCCCUCUAGUGGCUGUCUAGUAGACAGCCACUAGAGGAGGAGUAAACCCUGCAAGUUAAAUAUUGCAGUUUAUGAAAACUCCAAUAUUUACAGUUGCAGCCGCCUGGCUUCAUGAAGGCUUUGUGGUGGGUUAUGAUAACUCUCUAUGAAGAGAAAAUCAUCCAGAUAGUGCAGUACUGAUGAACAUCUACAUGAGUUUAAGUGCAACCAGCAUAAGGCCUCUGCAAAGGUUUCAAAUAUUUUUGGGCUACUUUUUGACCCAAAUGUUAGCCUGUUGAAAAAGUAAUACUGGUUUUGCCACUUAAUACCAUGUAGAUGCCAUAAAGAAGGGUGAAUUGGAAGCAUCUUAAAGGCAUUUACAAUGUGUUUUGCUUAACCAUGCUUCCGAUGGAAUCAAUGAAUUCAAACUGGCAAUGGUCUCUUUUUUUAAAUUGUGUUUCCCAGUUUCAAUGCCUGUAGGGUUUGUACGCCAAUUAGAAAAGGGGUGUGUGGAAAAGGGGUCUAUGAUCAACCCUUGAUUCAGUUCCUGCAUUAACAGUGAAUCAACUGACCCUGGGUCGUUGACAGCUGACUGUAGGUUUUUACUUUCAGUGAUACCGGUAGGGAACGCUACGAUACCCGUGUGAAAACCCUGAAACCAAGAAUUCAGUGAACUGUGGAGAAGGGUGAGAUACUAAAAGUUGAGACAACUGAAUCACAUUUACAGAUGUGAAAUACUGUUUGGAAUGCAGUUUAUUAGGGCACAUUGUCUUGGAAUGAGCACGAAAACAUAGGGUACAUAUAUGUAACAGUCUACAAGCACUAAACCCGCAGGCCCCUGCAUUAAAAUUAUUACGAAUUUGCCAAGGAAUACAAUAGGCCUGCCAAGCUUAUCCUUUAUAACCUUCUCAGACCUUGCUGGCAACCCAGGGCUUUGCUGAACUGCUACUCUGGUGUCAGCGGGACCGAGAUUAGUACUGUGGGAUGUUGAAGAACAUAAAGCACAAGCUGGCGUCCUGAGGCCGGCGAAAUGCCUGCAAAACAACUGUGUAUCCCGCUUACUCCAGUUAACAGUAUUAAACUGGGCCAGAGUUGCUUUAGCUGAAAAUGACCUGUGACAAUCAUAGAAAGCAAACCCGCCAUAUUUGUGCCCCAAGUUAACCAGUAUCCAAUUCUUCUUUUCUCUGAGGCAAAUUGGUACAUACUACAGUCUCUAUAGAUCCCAAACACCAGUACGAACUCAGGGAUGGUGAGUUGUUGUUUUUUUUCUGAGUCUGGGAUCUCUGGCUUUGAGGACUACUGAUAGGUCCCCCAUAAGCAUAGGUCUUAUUUUCCACUAUAUCCUGGGCAACAAUAAGGAGCGAUAUCAGAUUCACAUCCUUACCCUCCAGGACAUCUUUACGUAUCUGAGCAGGCACCAUAUGAGCAGGUGUGAUCAUCAGUGUAUCUAUCUGUGAUACAGUGGCCACAACAUUACCCUGUAGAAUCGCUGUAGCUGCUGCUAGGGAUGUAGUAUUGGACAAUGGUGGGUUAGUUGCCAAGUGGCCCGACUCUAAUUUGUCGAUUCGGUCUCUGAUCUGGCCCAUGGAAGAUAGGAGAUAGUUCAUCAUGGUCUGUAAGUCGGGCAUGUUGAUGAUACCACUAGACCCCUCCCCUGCUUCAGAGUUAUUGGUGUUCGUGUGCAUAAAUCUGAACAAUGCCGCUUUCUUGGCAGUAGCCGGGAAUGGAAUGCUCCUUCUCCUUAGUUCUGUUUGAAUGCGUGGUAUGGUCCAUGACCUUAUCGAUGAAGAGCUGGCAGAUUCUUGUCUUCUAGAAGGUAAACAAGACCUAGCUGGAGUGCUAGGGAGUGAAAGCUUAUCUCCCUCUUCUGGAGCUUGUGACAUUCUGAAAGGAAAAUUUGAGAUUUAGAAUGUUUAUUUGUAGGGUAUUGGCUGCUGACUGGUGGCAAAGAUAUUCGCUUAAGUGGUGAUAGAUGAGGCCCAAGCGGCUUGAGAGGCUCUAUCUAUGCGUUGGACUGAGGGGCUAUACCACUGAACGUAGUGGUGGGAUGUUGGCCUCUCCGUGAGGUGUAAAAGAAAAUAGAAUUGGCAGUGACCGGUGAGGCCCUCUCUAUGUAACUUGCGAGGCGGCUAGCUAUGCGUUGGAUCGAGGGCCGAAUACUUCAGAGUAUGAGUUUUGGCAUCGCGGACCACUAGUAUAAGGCGUAGAAGGCCUUUAGAAAGCUAAAUAUGGCUCCUAUUGCCCUGAUAGUCAGUAACUCACUUCCCUAAGGGACUGAAAAGAGCGGGGAGAUAUGAAUAUAUGUCACAAGGGAAUGUACCUGUAAGACAUGAAACUUGAGUGUGUAAGCCAAGUAAUUUGGAGGUUCAAUGAUUAUUGGUGCUCCUAAAGUACGUAGAAGGGAAAAUUAUAUCUAAGGAAAUUGAACCUUAAGACCAUAGUAUAGUCAAAGGAAUAAUGGCCUAACUGGUUUGUACAGAAUGAAUGAGAUUUGGAAAUUCUUAGGGCAAGGUCUAUAAGUUGUAGUAUCAGAUAUUUUUGAAGUGUCCGAUGAUAGUCUAUAAAUACCAUAACAAGACUUACUAUAAGACAUAAGUAUACACGUCCAUGAAUUACAACGUAUUAUGACUUAUGCUCCCAUCGUUUUAAGGUGAUUCAAAUUUUUUCAGUACAUGCGUAUUGCUAUCUAGGCUAGGAUAAUCAUUCUUCCCCCUCCAGGAACUAGUGUGAAUACCGUGAUGUUUCCUGAAAUAACAUCAUUGUUCCAUUAGUGUAGCCACCGUGAUGCUUAUACUUUAACAAUAUAUAAGUAGCUGUGGUACCCUAGUGUUGCUGGAGGACUAUAUAUAUAUAUAUAUAUAUAUAUAUAUAUAUAUGUAAUUAAAACCGUAAUAUGACGUGACUAUAGUAACCGUGGAGAGCGUAUGCUUGGUAGGGAGAAAAAAAGGGGGAGUAUGUAACCAUCACUAACCUAGCGAGAUAGUUUAAAUCUUAAAUCACUUAUCUAGAUCAGCAACUGAUAAGGUGAUGUAAAGUGAGCACGUAUUGAUUUGCCAUAAGAAACGUAUUUGUAAUUGUACACGUACCCUUUUAGUAAUGCCACACUAUAUCCUAUAAAGAAGAACGGCAAUCUCCAUUAACUGACACAUAAUAUGAGUAUGUCGAACAGACCUGAAAAUAAUCCCCCUCAAAUAACAGUAUACAGAAAAAGUGCUUCCACCUCCCUUCUGACUUAAAAAGUUUUAGUCAGACUCUAUCCCAACUAAACAGCGUAAUGACACAAUCUAAUAACAUCUAUACCAAGCCACAAUGUGUCAAUCAGUCGGCAUAACUGUCAAUCUGGUGCUUGACAAGCAAAGACAGUCUGCGUGCAAGGGUGCGUGUAUAGGGAGAAUGAACUGUUGGUGAAGGGGUUAAUGGUGAACGCCGGUAUGCGGCAAGUGUCAAAUGAAAAUCCCUCCCUGCCUUUCUUGGGUCUGCAGUUCGUGCGGACAAGAGGGGGUUGGGGGGCAUUUAAUUACAUUUUAUUAAUUACAAUUUGCAAGACCUGCCUGACAACCCAGGCCGAAAGUCCAGGGAAUUUAAUUUUCUAGCACUAUAUUUAACCCUGUAACUUUCCAAGACACCAUAAAACCUGUAGCUGGGGGGUACUGUUUUACUCGGAAGACUUCGCUAAACACAAAUAUUAGUGUUUAAAACCAGUAAAACGGCGGUGCUUAGCGAUUGAAGAGAACGGUCGCAUGCCCUCUGAGCUCCGGGCCGCGAUACGGAAAAGAACCCACUUUUAACCCUCUUACAAGUGCCACACUCACCCCUGGGUGAGCCCAGCGCGCAGCAGAGUCCAAUGGGACGAAAAACCAAAAAACUCAAACCCGAAAGACCCACGAGGGGCAUGGAUAUCGGCGAGUUAUGGCGGCAAGCACGAGGCGCCACAGGCUCCAAUAUGGCGUCCCUACACGGCGGGUGCUCUGACUUCUAUGAAGAGACGUCGGAUGAGGGUGAAGGGGAGCUUCAGCCAUCACCACCUCGAACGCAACCCCCAAUGCAACCCCUGCCGACUACUAUGGCCCCCACGCCGGUGAGCAUGGAAGCCAUUAGAGACCUUAUGGCGGAACAUCACAAAAAGAUUGCGGCAGAUGUCGCCUCGAUUAGAGACACAUUACAGGGUCUCACCGGACGGAUCGGGACCGUGGAAACCACCAUGACCACCCAAACCGGCCAAAUACAAGCGCUGCAACAGGAGGUUCAGGAGUUGAAACAGCUAGCUGGGCAGAACGACCUCCGAUUUGCCGCACUUGAAGACAAACGCCGCCUAAAGCACCUUAAGGUCAGGGGCAUCACCGACAAUAUUCCUGAUGCUGAACUACCCCAUGUUAUUAGGCGGCUCCUUACGGCUCUACUAACCCAGAGGGUUGCCAAAGCGGUGUCAAUAGACGGAAUUUUUCGCAUCCCAAAGCCCAAUGGGGCCCCAGCCACAGCUACGAGAGAUGUCGUCCUGCAGUUCCAAGCCUACAAGGAUAGAGCUGCAGUAUUAGCAGCCACCAGAGAUCAACCAGCCUACCACUUUGAAGAAAUGGCUCUCACCUUUUACCCUGAUCUCUCAGGGGCAACAUUGGCUUGGAGGAGGUCCCUGCAACAACUGACCUCCCUCCUGCGAGCACAACGCAUCAGGUACCGCUGGGGCCCGGUUCAUACUCUAAUGGUCACCAAGGGCGACACCACACUCACAGUGCGCAGCAUGCAGGAGGCACCAGCGACACUAAGACAGCUGAAUCUCCCACCGGACCUACCGGCUUUACCGACACCAAAGGACAGGCAUACGAACCCACCGACAUGGAGCAUGGCCGGCGCUGCAGAAUUCGUCCCUAGAAGACACACCGGUGUACCUAAAGAAGCAGCCACCACCUGACAAUUUUGAAACAUCAGGACUAUAACUUACCUUGCCGGGACUCUAGCCUAACAUAAUGAACUCACUUUGGACUACUGCUCCCAGAUGAGCUAACACCCUGCUCUGCAGAGGGCGGCACUCCUUUACCCACCGACAUACGCACAUCACCCGUUAACACUAGGACCCACUAUGGGUGGUCUCACUAGGUAGAUGCCGAGCUACCCUUCGCAUUCCUGACACCACACAGGCACCCUAAACUACCUGCCCAGUAACCAGGAGCUGACAGUUAACCUCUACCUGGCUCCCCUCAUGAGAGCGCUAACCCCCGCGCAUGUGACCAUGAAGGUCCCUCUUAAGCUACCAACUAGCAGACACUACACGCACCCCCAAGCAAUGCAAUCACACGGUAGACAUGCCUAAACACAUAGACAUACUCUAUGACAGUCCCGUCCAGAAGAACACACCACCCUACCUGCACUAAUACAAUCCAGCCUUCGAUAACCCACCAUAACUCACAGUGCAUACUUCUCUCACCACUACGGCUGUGUUAUGUGUACAAGAAAAUAUGCAUUAAUCUUAGAAUGUUGUAUAAUUUUUAUUUUGGUUACUUGUUCCAAUGUUAGACUACACAGUGUAACUUUAUUAACCUCUAAGCAACUUAAUUAUAACUGCAUAUCGUUCCAACAUGUAUCUAGCCGCAAAAUUAAUAAUUGUGCACAGUAUUUCCUAUGCCAUGAUACUAACUGUUGUAUAUCGGUCUCUUACCGCUGUUGUGGCGUAACAGACCUAACUGUCAUUAUAUGCACGAACAAAAAUAAAGAAUUAAAAAAAAAACAGUAAAACAUAUUACAAUUAUAUUGUCCGUGUAAGCACCAUUUGUGUGUGGAAAAUGCAAAAAAGGUCACUUUCACUGACGAUAUCGUUGUAAUACAUUUUACGGUUUUGAAACAACUAUGAUAUUGUCAGUGAAAGUGACCUUUUUUGCAUUAUCCACACACAAAUGGCGCUUACAUGGACUAUAUAAUUGUUGUGAUACGUUUUACUGUUUUGAAACACUAAUAUUUGUGUUCACCGAAGUCUCUCAAGUAUAACCGUAGCCCUCAUGUACAGGUUUUAUGGUGUUUUCAAAAGUUAGUCAAAGAUGAUAAGGCUUGUGUUUCAGUUUUUUCACAUUGAAAUUCGCCAGUUUGUUUACGUUGCCUUUGUGACUGUAUGGUAGCCCAGGAAUGAAAAUUACCCCCAUGAUGGCAUACCAAUUGCAAUAGUAGACAACCCAAGGUAUUGCAAAUGGGGUAUGUCCAGCCACUUAGUCUCAAACACUGGCCAAUAUUGGUGUUCAAAUUAGUUUUUUGCAUUUUUCAUACACAAAUAUUAACGCUAACUUUUGCCAGUGUUUGUGAGCAAGUGGCUACUAAAAAAGACUGGACAUACCCCAUUUGCAAUACCUUGGGUUGUCUACUAUUUCAAACGGUACGCCAUCACGGGGGGUAAUUCUCAUUCCUGAGCUACCAUACGGUCCCAAAGGCUUUAUUUGACACUGUACAUAAGUUUUACACUGUACUGUUUUACACUUGAGACAUCGCUAAAUAUAAAUAUGUGUAUUUUAUUGCAGUAAAAGCAAACCGUAUUAUGACAUUCACAAAAGUAUUUUCUCCCAUUCUUUUAUAUUUUAUUCAUAUUAAAUUGUUUCAUAGCUAAAUAUUUGAUGUUAAAUGAAAGCCCUGUUUCCCCUGAAUAAAAUGGUAUAUAAGAAGUGUGGAUGCACUUAAUAAGAAGAGGUGAAUUACGGUUGAGCAGAUCUAUAGUCAAAUUCCAGAUUUUGUUUACGUUUUGUUUUGAUCACAACGUGUACAUUUGGCUCAGUCCUUAAGGGGUUAAGGGCCAAUACAAAUUAUUGUCUGGGAAUCUAUAUAUAAAUAGAACACAAGGACACAGAGCACACAUUAAUCCUUCCCCAUAGGAAAGAAUUGAAUCAUUACUUUCUUAUGGGGGACACUGGACAUCCUCGUGCAAAGCGUGCGGCUGUCCAGCGUCAUCUGUAAAACUGCAGGUAGCGCCACUAGACCAGUCUUAGCCCUGCAAUGUAAACCGUGCAGUUUUUCUAAAUCUAAAAUACUCCUUGAUCAGAAAUAAUCAUAAUUGAAAAGGUCAACAGUGAGUAUAAUAAGCAUUCAAAAAACACUCUUAGAUGACCAGCAUUUAAUUUGAUGAUUGCAUUUUUAUUUUCUUCAUCUACAGAUCUUGGAAAGGACUCUAGAACCAGACAGUUCUGAUGAGGAACCUCCACCCAUUUACUCUCCUCCUACCUUUAUCCCUUCAUUUGACAGAUCACAUGCACAGAACCCUCCUGCUCCACCUCUUAGGUAGGUGAUGCAAUAGAAAUAUUAUCAAUCCAUUCAUUACCGACGACAUGGCAGAACUGUCAUGAUUAUAUGAUUUGCCUAAACAGAUUAACCCCUUAAAGACACAUGACAUGUCAUGAUUCCCUUUUAUUUCAGAAGUUUGGUCCUUAAGGGGUUAAAGGGUGAACUAGAAAUAAACAAGUUAAUAAUCUGAUAUUUAGAACAAAUGUGUUAUAUUUUAAUUUACAUAUAGUGGUUGCAUUUAUGUGGUUUAGGAGAGAUGUCCCUUUAAUAACUUCCAAAGUCUUAUAAAGGUUGCAUUGGUGUUAGUAGCGGUCAUGAUGCCAGUCCAGAAACAAACAAACAAACACACACACACGUCAAAGCAUUUUUUUUACUAAAUGAAAGAACACUGAAACGUUAAAAAUAAAUAUAUUUGGGGCAGUGCUUGUCUGACAAACUAAGCGGACGCAAGGCAGGCGAGUUCGCUCCAUAAUAGUGCAAAAAACGAAAAAAAGCCAACUGGACCGGCGGAGGUUAUGCACCGGUACCCUACAGCUGACUAGCUUUACGGAACCAGGCUACGAUAAUUGUUAAGCCGUGCACGCGCUGCAUACCUAAAAUGCUGGAAGCAGACACCAAGAGGAUCCAUGGAAGCAGUGCAGACUAAGGAUCGACCGGUUAUCGGUCUGGCUGAUAUUAUCGGCCGAUAUUUGGUAAUUUUGGCAAUAUCGGUAUCAGCUGAAGGGAGCUGCUGAGAAGGUAGAGCUUGCCGGGGGCCCCCCACUGUACAGUCCAUGCCACCAGACCACCAUGGAAUACCAUAUCCAUCCUCCCUGGCCAAGUAAGAAGCAGGGAGGAAGGAAUAAAAAAAAAAAUAAUAAUAAUAUAUAUAUAUAUAUAUAUAUAUAUAUAUAUUAAAAAAAAAUGCUCCCCCUCCCCCCAUUUUACAAAAUUUAAAUACCUACAGAAACGCACACACUACACACACACACACACACACUACACACACACUGUGCAUUGAUUAUAUACAUACACUACACACACUCUGCAUUGAUUAUAUACACACACUACACACACACUCUGCGUUCAUUGUAUACACAAUCACACACACACUCUGCAUUCAUUUUAUACACACACACUACACAAACACACUAAGCAAUCAUUAUAUACACACUACACAAACACACUGCAUUCCUUGUAUACACACUACACAAACACACUGCAUUCCUUGUAUACACACUACACAAACACACUGCAUUCCUUGUAUACACACUACACAAACACCCUGCAUUCCUUGUAUACACACUACACAAACGCACUGCAUUCCUUGUCUACACACUACAAAAACGCACUGCAUUCCUUGUAUACACACUACACAAACGCACUGCAUUCCUUGUCUACACACUACACAAACGCACUGCAUUCCUUGUCUACACACUACACAAACGCGCUGCAUUCAUUAUCUACACACUACACGAACACACUGCAUUCAUUGUAUACACACUACACAAACACACACUGCAUUCACUAUAUACACACUACACAGUACACACUCUGCAUUCACUAUAUACACACUCUGCAUUCACUAUACACACACUACACAAACACAUACACACUGCAUUCACUAUACACAUACUACACGCACACUGCAUUCACUAUACACACACUACACAAACACCGCUGUCUAAACACACUGCAUUUACUACAUGUGGCAUGUAUAUUUUGUGCAUUUACCUUUAGAAAUUGUUAAUUUUUUCAAAAUGGUUAAUGUACAGAAUAUCGGUAAGUUAUCGGCUAUCAGCCGAUUAUCGGUAUCUGCGCAAAAAAAUCGGUCGAUCCCUAGUGCAGACCACGAGCAGCUUCAGUGUGCGUUCCUGGCCUGCUUCGACCAAGUGUGUGAUGACUUUUAGAAAGGCAUACAGGAGAGGCAUGAGGCAGAAAUCAAGGCUGAGCACCAUAAAUCGCAAAUGAGCGCCUCAGGCAGUGCUGCAUCGGUAAGAGCCCUCAGAGGUGGUGCACAUGGGCCCACUUGGAGACUGGGCAGAAAGGGGGGGACGUCCUCCCCAAGAGACUAUCUACGCGACUUCGAAUCCAUAUGUAGGGUCCCACAGUACCGGAGCAGGGCCGAUGGCCAAUUCAAAUGUGCCUUUCCCUAUCGUGAACGGAGAGAUGGCGUCAUACGCCCUAAGGGAGAAGCACACAGUCUUGGAGUGCAGCUAGGGAAGCACAUAGACUCCCAUUCCGGGAUUAUCCACAUUUCCAAUCUGGGAAUUGGCUGAUUUAUGUGGACUGGCCUGAGGACUCACACUGUUCUUAGCUAUAAGUUAUGGUUCCAAUGCACAGUUGACAGUCCUUUACAUGCUAAUGACCUUUCUGUUUAUAUGUCAGUUAUUCCUCAGCCUGACUCAGUUCUUAUUUACCCUGUAGUGUGAGCCUAUUCUUGCAGCCUCCUCUGUGGCAAUUGUAGGACAACAUAUAUCUUGUACUAUGCUUGUUGAGUUUAACUUACUAACUUAGACACACAUGCCUAGAUCACUUAUAUUGACCUACUAGACCAGGGAUAGGCAAUCUUCAGCACUCCAGAUGUUGUGGACUACAUCUCCCAUAAAUCCAAAAAUCUGGAAUGCCGAAGGUUGCCUAUGCCUGCACUAGACUGUCAAGUGGCAUAGCAUGAUGUAUCUACCACGUGUGUUUCUAUCUUCUGACGUAUACUAUUAAUUUUAAAAAUGUGCAGUUUCUACGUGCCAAGAUAGUAAUCCUCAUUGAUCACCCUACAUAUGCUGUUGUGGCACUUUAAGCAUGCUGGUAAAACCCUUGCACAGAAAAAUAAAGAAUAAUAAAAAAAAAAAAAAUAAAAAAAAUAAACUGAAGCUCAUUUAGCUAUUGCCUCCCAGGAUAUAUUUCGAAUAUAAAACAUAUGCUUAUGAUGAUUUUAUCUGUGGUGGUCAGAUCCAGGGAUUCAAGGUUAAACAGGAAACUGACCAUCCCAGAGUUUUUUAGCUUUUGGCAUUUAUAGAGAUGUGAUUUGUGCAGUUUACCCAAACAGAAGGGAAGAAUUCGAUCUAUACAUGCACAAGUAGACCUAGGCAACAAAUAUGGUGGACAACACAUCUGAAAUGAAUUCAGAUAACAGGGCGCCACAGUCCCUUAAAAUACUUCCAACUAGACAAGGGGAGAGUAAUCAGUAUUAACACCAAAUUUAUUGAAAAUUAUAAUAAUAAAAAACACAUAAUGGCAAAGGCACUAGACAUGUGCAAAAUAAGCAGAAAAUAAACCCUUAGGAAUAGCAGCUUAAAAUAACAUGCUUUUACAGUAAAGUGCAUAUACAAUCAUUCAAAGUGCAGGGUGCUAAAGGGACAAAGAGCAACAGCUCGCUCCCACUGCUCUAAGGCAGGUAAAAUCGAAUGCACAAUAAUAAAAACUGUAAAACACUGCAAAACACACAGGCAUGUAAAAAAAGACAGCUAGUACCAAUGUACAGGGUUCCUGCUGCAGCUCAACGUGUUUCGUCUAGGUCAACUUCCUCAGGAACAUCUGGCUUCUUUCCGAUCUUCUGUGCUUCAAAUAUGCCAGUCCGGAUAUCCAAUUUCAUGAGUGCACACCCAGCGUCCGCCACACCGUCAUACGUAACAACGUGUGGACGGUCGUGCGCACCCAGGCUGGAAUGCAUACAGAACUUUAUUAACAAUAUACCCAGCUGCACACUGUACGUUCACUUUAAGAGAACGUUCAGUAUCGAUGCGAUCCUGGAUUUACAACCCUUCCUCAAAGACAACUAAAAGCUAACAAAGUCAGCUAGUACCCUUGUGAACAAACAAAUGGACCUGUGUGUAAUAUGCCAUAAGGGGCAAAAUCAAUAGAAAAUUUAAUAAAAAAAUAUAUUAAUAGAAGAAAAUCUUAAGUGUUGUGUGAGUCCAUUUGUAGAACUAGACAUUCAACCGAAAACAAAAUGCAAGGAUAUCCACUAGGGAUAAGCAUUUAAUCAUAAAAUAUAUAUAUAUAUAUAUAUAUAUAUAUAAAAUUCUCUAAACAAGUGUGUACACAUAGGACUAAAAAUAAAAAUGAAUAUGAACAUGGAUAAACCCAAGGCACAUUAUAUAUAUAUAUAUAUAUAUAUAUAUAUAUAUAUAUAUAUAUAUAUAUAUAUAUAUAUAUAUAUACAAUUGUAUCUUAUAUCAGUAGGACUCAAUAUUUCAGUAAUCGGAAGGAGCAAUAUAUUAAAGUUAGUAAUUCAUAGCAUAAGGAUAUAAAAACAUAUAUUAGAACAUCUAUACAUACAUACAAAAUGUCAGUAGGCAUAAGGAUGGAGACAAUCGUAUGGCCCAAACAAAUAAUAAUAAUUAUCUUAUAUCAGUAAGGCUAAAAAAUAAUUAAUAUAUAUUCAAAGAGGCAAUACCAUAAAAUUGAUCUUUCAUAGCAUAGGGACAUAAAACAUAUACUAAAAAGUACACACUUGGUACUACAUAAAAAGCUAUCCUUUGUAUACAAUAAAUAUAAAGUUCAGAUAGAACAUAUCAACAGUACAUAAAACAAAUAAAAACAUGUAGGGAAGUGUGACAAAUAUAAAAGAUGUGUAAAAAAUGGUAUAUAAAAAUGCAAAGAAGGCAAUUGUAGAGAACUUAUGCAUGUACUUAAGGCCAAUAGUAUCCAAGGUAAUAAUACGACUAAAAGAAAACAGAGAGAGACCACGGUUAAAACCAAUAUUCAAUCCAUAAAAGCCAAUAUAUUCAAAUCAGUGUUGAGACCUAAGGGGACAGAGUUUUUCAUUUUAUAUAUCCAUUCUGUCUCCCUAACAGAAAGAUCUACCCGUAAAAACUGGCCAAUUCUGUUACAGGACAAGUCAUUGCAAAAGAUCCUACCACGGAACCCAAGGGUGAUAUAUAAAAAAAACAGAUAAUUUGAAGAAUAUUUUAGCUCCAAGCAUAUUACCAAAAAAAAGAUCCAAGGGAGAGUUUUAGCUUUUUAUCAGGAAAACCAAAGGGUUUUUACAAGUGUGGAAGGUGUAGUACUUGUAAAUUUAAAACAAGUAAAACCACUGAAUUCUCUAGCACAACCACAAAAGAGGCUUUUAAAAUAAAGCACUUUAUAAACUGCCAGAGUAAGCAUGUGGUAUAUUUGUUGCAAUGCAAGUGUGGGAUACCGUACAUAGGAAGUACCAUUCGGAGUCUUCAUGUAAGACUAUUAGAACACUUCAAUGGUAUUAACAAGAAAAGUCUGAAACAUAGUGUCCCUAGACACUGUAUCUCUUGUAACAUGUUUAGUUUUAAAGAUGUUAUGUGUAUUGGGAUUGACAGGAUUACACCACAUUGGAGGGGUGGUGAUACGGAAAAAAUAUUUGCAAUAAGGGAGACAGAAUGGAUAUAUAAAAUGAAAACCUCUGUCCCCUUAGGUCUCAACACUGAUUUGGAUAUAUUGGCUUUUAUGGAUUGAAUAUUGGUUUUAACCAUUGUCUAUCUUUGUUCUCUUUAGGUCGUAUUAUUACCUUGGAUACCAUUGGCCUUAAGUACAUGCAUAUGUUCUCUACAAUUAAUACUAUGUGCCUUGGGUUUAUCCAUGUUUAUAUUCAUUUUUAUUUAUAGUCCUAUGUGUACACACUUGUUUAGAGAAUUAAUAUAUAUAUAUUUUAUGAUUAAAUGCUUAUCCCUAGUGGAUAUCCUUGUAUUUUGUUUUCGGUUGAAUGUCUAGUUCUACAAAUGGACUCACACAACACUUAAGAUUUUCUUCUAUUAAUAUAUUUUUUUAAUUAAUUUUCUAUUGAUUUUGCCCCUUAUGGCAUUUUACACACGGGUCCAUUUGUUCACAAGGGUACUAGCUGACUUUGUUAGCUUUUAAUUGUCUUUGAGGUAGGGCUGUAAAUACAGGAUCGCAUCGAUAGUGAACGUUCUCUUAUAGUGAACAUCCAGUGUGCAGCUGGGUAUAUUGUCAAUAAAGUUCUGUAUGCGUUCCAGCGUGGGUGCGCAUGCGCAGCACGACCGUCCGCACGUUGUUACGUAUGACAUGCGGCAGACGCUGGGUGCGCAUGCGCACUCACGUAAUUGGAUAUCCAGACUGGCAUAUUUGAAGCACAGAAGAUCGGAAAGAAGCCAGCUGCUCCUGAGAAGGUCGACCCAGACGAAAUGCGUUGAGUUGCAGCAGGAACCCUGUACAUUGUUACUAGAAGUCUUUUUUUACAUGCCUGUGUGUUUUGCAGUGUUUGACAGUUUUUAUUAUUGUGCAUUUGAUUUUACCUGCCUUAGAGCAAUGGGAGUGAGCUGUUGCUCUUUAUCCAUUUAGCACCCUGCACUUUGAAUGAUUGUAUAUGCACUUUACUGUAAAAGCAUGUUAUUUUAAGCUGCUAUUCCUAAGGGUUUAUUUUCUGCUUAUUUUGCACGUCUAGUGCCAUUGCCCUUAUGUGGUUUUUAUUAUUAUAAUUUUCAAUAAAUUUGGUGUUUUUUAUUUUUUAUUUUUUGUGCUUUUUUUUUUUUUUGAUUCAAUUUGCUUUUAUUGACAUCAUAACGAUUGGCAAUACAAAGUUAUAUGCAUCAAUACAGAAGGUGGCAAAAAUAGUGUACAUGUCAGUUAUUGUUCAUUUGGUAUAAAGGUAUCUUUAGUAUUUAUGUGAAGAGAGCAAUUUUACAAUGCAAUAGCGAGCAUCUGAUUCCAUUCCUACAUUGCAACAUCUUUCAGCAUUAACAGUUUUCAAGAAGGAACCAGUCUUAGGAAAAUAGAAUAUUUAAAAAAUACAAAAUCGUUUUGAGAAAACUAUGUAACAUAACAGGAGAAUGAUUAAUCUUCCUUAUAUUGUACGAAAGGGGAUAUGUAGAAAUAACAUUUCCUACUGGAGUUCGCCACGCUCACAAGUUUGACAUGAAAGCUGUAGAGAACACUCAGAUUCAGUCAUUUUCUUAAUUGGUAUAUUUGUGUUGGGAAGCAGAUAAACUGCGAAGAGGCAGAAACUUUAGUGCUCCUGCUGUGACCUUGUCUAGCCCUGCUUCCUGAGAGCGUCUCCACUGAUCCGUUGGGGUGGGGGGUAGGGAGUGGUUGUCGAGUAGUGGGGCGUUUGGGGGUCGAGGGUCCGUCAGGUAGUUUUUGUCCUGUGUGUGCGUUUGUUGUGGGUAUCCCCUUUGCGCUAGUCGCUGUUCUUUGGUGUGUGUAGGCGGUGGUUGUGUGUGUGCCAUGCGUCGGGGUGUAGUCUUGUUGGGGUGUCCCUUCUGUGUUUGGUGUCCUUCUGUGUCUGUUUGGGGAUCCUAUUAGCGUCGGGGGUGUAUUGGUCGAGCGGGUGCUGUUCCGGGUUGUGAGGGUUGGGUGGGUUCUGGUAUCGUGGUGUAGUGUACUUGGGUAUUGGGCGUUUGGGCAAUCUUGUCGGGUUGGUUCAUCCCUUGUCCGAUAUGUGUUGGUCAUGGUGGGUCAUUUGUGGGUGCUGUGGUGUAUAGUCUGUCCUGUAAGGGAGGUGGCGUUUCUGCGAGUGUAGGUUGCAUUCUCAAGGCAGCCUGUCGGCAGUUGGUCAUGUAUUUUAACGUGUGUUGUGGGGGGCAGGUGGGAUGGGAAUGUAGGUUAAUGGGGUGAGGGCAUUGCGGGUGAGGGUAAGGUGCGGGAGGGUAGGGGGUGGGGUGUCAGGUCCUGGGUCCCCACCUCAACCCCCCCCGCCUCCGGGGCAAGGGGCAUCUCCGGCUCUGAGUGGUCGUCUUGGUUUGGUUGGGUCGGUGGUUCAGCUUCCGCAUUGUCGUCCGUCGGUUCCGUCAGGGCCGUCCCAUCUGCCUCUGCUGUCAGGUGUUGUGUGGUCCCCGUAAUUGAUGCGGUGGAGGCGAGCCAUUGGAGCCAGUGGUACCAUGCAUCAUGGUAACGCUGUAUGCGUCCCGUUGCAGAGUGGAUGAGUUCCUCGAUGCGUCUGAUGUCUUCCACUCUCGUUAUCCAUUCCCUGAUAGUCGGGCCCAUGUGUUGUUUCCAGUGUCUCGGGAUGAGGCUGCGGGCUGCGUUUAUUAGGUGUGGGAGUGCUGUUUUUUUAAACCUGUUAAAUUUGGUGUUAAUACCGAUUACCCUCCCCUUGUCUAUUUGGAAGUAUUUUAAGUGACUGUGGCGCCCUGUUAUCUGAAUUCAUUUCAGGUGUGUUGUCUUUGGUAUAUUGAGGUUGGGAGUGACUUCUGGUCAGUUGCUGGCCUGCACUUUAUCCUAUUCUAUUUUUAUUAUCGUCUUCACCCACUCAUUUUCUGAUUUCUGUUUUUAACAAAUAUGGUGGUACAGCAUUUUACAACUACCAUACAUCUUUUUCAGCCAAGGUGUCUGGUCAGAGAUAUUCUUUGCAGGCCUUAAGACACCAGCUUGUGCAUCCUGCUCUUCUACUACCCACACGACCAACUUUUGUCCCAUCACAGCAGACGAUCACUCUUAUGCUCCAGUCCCUAGCACCUCUGGUAGAAUGGAGAAAACUACCAGAGACAAAUUGGGUCGUCCUAUUAUCUUUUUUGGAAAAUCACAGAUUUGCAACAAUUUUAAUGUUGGUACGUGUAGUUUCAGUGCAUGCAGACUGUUGCAUAUAUGUUAAAAAUGUUUCAGGGCACAUGCUAAAACCAUGUGUCACAAUAAAAUGUACCCUAAACCGUACUUAACGUCUGUCAACAUCACUGCAUUUUCAGCAUUACUGACUCAUCACUCUUCCAGACAUCGAGUAGAUUUCCUAAUCUCUGGGUUGUCAGAGGGCUUCUGUACGGGUAUAGUACAUAUGCCUUCAUGGAAUCCUGAAUGCCCAAACUUGCAGUCAGCACAGCAGAACCCAACGGCUGUAAACACACUCAUAGCCCAAGAAAUUGCAGAGGGCUUUCUACUCGGGCCUUUCCAAUCCCCACCAUUUACAGCAUGGAAAAAAAGCCCUAUUGGCAUUGUCACAGGAAAAUCUUCCCUCAAACAGAGACUGAUCAUAGACUUAUCAGCACCACACACCUCUGCUACCCCAAGUCACAACUCCCUCAUACCCUCCGAGGAGUUUUCCUUACAAUACACCACCAUUGAUCAUGCCAUUACAGCCAUCAUUCAAGCAGGGGAUGGUGCUUGGUUAAGUAAGACUAUCAUCAACACAUUCAAACUGCUAUCAAUCCACCCCACACUUUGGCACUUACAUGGUAUUAAAUGGGAAGGCAGUUACUAUUUUUUCUCCCGAUUUAACUUUUGGGUCAAAGAGUAGCCCAAAUAUUUUCGAUACUUUUGCAGAAACUCUUUGCUGGUUGUUAUUAAACAUAUCCAGAUGCCCCACAAUCAUAUACUAUCUAGAUGACUUCUUGAUGGUCGAAGAGAACACCUUUCCCCCUAGAAGCCUCAAGGAAGCCAUAAGCCUGUUUGACCACUUGGGUAUCCCAGUUUCCCCAAAGAGAACAGAAGGCCCGGAUACUAUCAUCACAUUCCUUGGCAUCCAACUUGACUCUGCAUCCAUGCAAGCAAGUUUACCACAAGACAAAAUAGGGAACAUUCUCAACAACAGAAAUCACUACCUUCUGCUUGUUUCUUGCAACCACAAGGAGCUACAAUCCCUACUAGGUUCCUUAAAUUUUGCCAUGCGCAUCAUACCACAAGGCCAUGCUUUCAUAUUUAGAUUACUUUGCUUUUUUCACAUUUCCGAUAUGACGAUCAUAGACUGUCCUUAGAUACCCAAGCCACAGCAGACCUACUCAUGUGGAAAAAGUUCUUAACCACAUGGGAUGGCAUAAGCAUGUUCCUCCCAGGAUUGUCUGAGACAUCACCAACCAUAUGGUCAGACACGGCGUCUACCAUAGGUUUUGCAGCAAUCUAUGGGAACGAAUGGCUUUGGGGCAGUUGGCCUGUAGAAGUCCAGGAUUUGGAAGGUUUUUACACUACAUCAGCUCUUUUUGAGAUCUACCCUAUUGUGGCGGCUGCUGUGGCAUUGGGUCAUUUAUGGUCCAGGUCGGCGGUGCGUUGUUACUCAGACAACCAAACCACGUGCCAUAUUAUCAACAAGGGCCGCUCAUCAUCUUUAACGAUCAUGAGAUUUCUAAGGAAACUCACUUGGUUGGCCGCAUGUCACAAUUUCUUUUUAGUUUGCUUUCAUGUACCUGCUGUUUUUAACAUCGCUGCUGACAAUUUGUCUCGAUUCAAAUUCCAGGCAUUUCAUUAAGAGCUGCCUACAGCCUCUCAAGCAGCCACAGCCACUCAAUCGUUCCAGCACCUAAUCAUGGAUUAGACAUACUCAUGCAACAUAGCAGGGAACUGUUAACCCAAUUAACACUUUCGUCCAAUAAUCGUAGAACGUAUAACAGAGCCUUCACCAUGUUUAAAAGAUUCCUGUUGGAACACAACAUAUCUCAACCUUUUGUCAUGACAUCUCUCCUAGGCUUUGCUUCUUUUUGCCAUCUUAAACUUAAACUAUCUCACACCACCAUAAAAUUAUAUCUGACAGGCAUUCAACACCACAUGCUAACCUUAUGGCCAAACAACCAGAGCUUCGUGUUAUCAUACCAGAUAAAGAACAUACUCAGAGGUAUCCCCCACGUACAUCACAGAGACUACCCAUAGACAACCACCUUUUCCAAUCCUUAUAUAACCUAUUAGAUUUAAAACCAUUCGAUUCCAAUACCAACACAGUAAUUAAAACAGCCAUGUACAUAGCUUUCUACGGUUUUCUAAGGCCAAGAGAGUUUACUACUAUCACUACAACUCAGACAACUCAUUGUCUUCAACAAUCCCACCUACGUAAACACAUGGAUCACUACCUAUUGGCUCUACCACAUUCUAAAACGAGUCAACAUGCACCACCAGUAGAGAUAACAUACUAUCCUACCCACAACAAAUGGUGCCCGGUUACGGACCUAGACUCCUACCUUCAAAACCCCAACUCACAACCAUCACAGCCGUUAUUUGUAUUACAAGGCUCAGUGCUUACUGCCUCUACCUUCAUGAAAUAUGUCAGGUCUCUGUUAACUCAGCUAGGCCGCAACCCUUCUAACUACUCAGGUCACUCCUUCCGCAUAGGGGCGGCCUCCACAGCCUCCAGUGCCAACGUACUGGUGCACAUUAUCAAAUCACUGGGGCGGUGGAAAUCAUCUGCUUAGACACGGUACAUACCCAAACCUGUACAAGAGAAACGAAAUGCAUUUAAAGAAAUGUCUGUUUAAUUUUAUGUAUUUGUUGACUGUAUUAAAUCUUUGAUUAUUCACUUUUGCCGUCUUUAUUUACAGGCCUACCGCAUCGUCGGUUCCGGCACACCACAACCGACUUGUUCUUUUAUACUAUCCUACGCUUAUACUGGAUCGUUACUCCUUAUACGGCUAUGUGCCCCUAACACAAAUAUAUAUUGAAUGUUUGUGUUGCUUUCAUGGUUUAGAUUCAUGGGCCACACUAUAAAAAUAAAUAAAUAAAUAUCCCUCAAACUAUUAAUGGUUGCUCUUUUAAGAGCAUUUUCAUAGAUAAACUCCCUCUGAGAGCUGGCAUUGCUGAGUUUCAAAAUACACGUCGUAUAUGUAAAUUGUAAUUGAUUAGAAACUUAAACACAUUUUGUAAAUGCUCAUGUCUUAUUUGAACUGAUUAAUUGCCUUAUUUUUUAAAAUAAUCCUAGAUCUCCUGUACCCUAUCAGUUCUCUUACACUUAACUUUUAGUGCAUAUAUUCCAGCUUUCUGUUCUAAAUGUAGUUUUCUUUUGUCCGUGCAUUGGAGUUACUGAACAACUUAAAGAAAAAAAUGUAGCAUUAGAAAUAAAAAUCUUGUUUUACUGUCACCAUAGUACCCCAUUACUGUACUCCUUUCUAGGUCCCUCUUAGGUGCUAUUAGGUUUCCUCGGCUCUGCUUAACUCUCCUCCACUAGUGACCGCAUAGAGGUGGUAUAACCACUUCCUCUGAUGUCCAAUCCACUGCUCCUCAUAGUGGGCUAAACAUAUUUUCCCCAUAGGAAAGAUUUGAGUGAAGUGGAUAUAGACACUGCACCCAGACCUCUUCCUUGAGAUUUUAUGGUCUGAGUGACUUUAGUGUUCCUUUAAUUUUGCACAUACCUCCGUUAUGCAGAAAACAAUGCUGUGCUGUAGUAAGGAUCUAGGAGGACUGUGUACCACUGUGUCUGUCCACACCUAUAUCUUGGUGUCAUGUGUGUUAAGAGGAAUACAGCUAGAGACUGUUGUACAGAACUUCUGGACAACUUGACUCGUAUAACUCCUAAAGUUUGCUUUCUAAAUACAUGUUUGUCCAAAAUGUCUUUAUGUUAUAUAAUAGAGAACUGUCAUUGAGUUAUUUUACUAACCAUGCUUUGUUCAUAUAAUCACAGUGAUCUUAUCUUUGAUUUAUUUUAAGGACUGAUGUGUUGACUUGCACGGGUACACAAGUUCCAAAACUGUAUAAAAACUGGAAUCCUCCUUUAUUAGGAAACUUGCCUGAUGAUUUUCUGCGCAUCUUACCACAGCAAAUGGACAGUGUUCAGGUAAGGGUAGUGGAUUCUUUGAAGAAGUAAAUAUAUUAUAUUUAUUCAUUUACUGCACAUUAUCAUUUGUAAAAAAAAAAAAUGAAAAAAAAAAGAGAACCUAAUAGUAAUGCCAAAUGAAUAAUAGAAAUUUGGCUUUUGUGGCCUAAAAUGAACACAAUUUUACAUUUGUGAGAAAGAAAUAGAAGUUACUAAUGCAAAUUAAAUUUUUAUAUGCUCAAAUUUAUCAACCUGAGUAGAGUUAAACCGACAAUUUUUCCUGGUGUCAGGAAAAACAACCUUCAGACACUUACCUACAAUGGGACGAAAAACACAAAAAAACAGAAUCCGGACAAGCCCAAGUCGGUCGUCAAUAUCUGCGAUCUUUUUCACGUGGUGCAUACAGUCCACAGAUGGCUGCCGACUUCGAGGAUUACUCAGACUCCUCGGAGGACUUCACCCUGACUGAGAGCCCUGGUGGAUUGCUCCCUUUGAUCUUACCGCAGACUGCUCCCAAGACUGACAAUACAGUACCGUGACUGCAGCAACAUUAAAAGUCAUGCUGGGGGAUUUGCAGAAAAUACUCCAGCCAGAUGUGGCCCAGCUUCACAACGACCUCACUGGCCUAGUUGGUCGCAUAGGGGAGGUGGAAGCCUCCUCAGACAAAAACACGCAAUCAAUUACAGAGCUCCAACUUGAAAUAGAAAUGCUCAAGAUGCAGCAAGCCAAGCAUAAGCAGCGUGAUUAUUGAGGACUACCGACGUGGCAAUAAUCUGAAGAUCAGAGGGGUCUCGGAGGACAUCUCCGCAGCACAACUCCCACACCUAAUGUGAAGAUUAACGUGAGUGCUGUUGGCACCUAAGCAAGCCAUAAAUACCACUUUAGACGUCUUAACAGUCUUCAUGGUUCCAAAGCCCCGAAGGGAGCCAGGGACCUCGUGGUGUGGUACCACAGCUCUGCAGAUAUGGUCCUAGCAUCUCUCAAGGGGACUACUUUGAGAACAUGACCCUGUCCUUCUAUGCAGAUCUGUCAGGUGAUAAAACAAAAUUAAUAGACUAAAUCACCAUUAUAAUGACAACAUCCCUGACUGGGGUUAGUCAGUGGGGGAGGUACCAGUUCCACCCAGGGCUUAACCCUUAUAGUAACCUCAUGUGAGAAUCCCUGGUUUGGUAUUUCAUAAAACAAAGUAAAUGAUUGAAUGCAAUGUCUUCAACAGUAAAAAAUGUGUGUGCGAAGAUUGAUAACGGGCUUUAUUAUCCCUUUGACAAAAAUAAACAUAAAACUGACAGUUGUAUCUAUAUGCUAAUUAGAUAUAGUGAUCCUACAAAUCAAACGGUACAGAGUAUAUCUUCUUGACAAUGGGGCUAUUGACCCCCCUCUGGAAUUCUGCAAUCUCUCAUAAGUAGUAUUAUUCAGUAGUAGUAGUAUACCUCCAUCUUUUCACUGUAGUCUAUUAUAGGGUGAAGUUGGUUACAGGUCCCUAUUUUCUUUUCCAAUGAGUGGAUCGAUAAUGAAAAUUAUGGAGAUGUUGGGACAUAAUUGUCUAGCUGAGUCACCGUAGAUCUACUAAAUGGUUGCAUGUUUUGGUAUAAUAGUGGAUAGUUUAGCUGUUGUAUAGGUAAUCAAUCUUUGAAUAAUAUGAUAUUUUAGAGGUAGAGAAUGUAAAGCCUUCAUUAAGUCGCAGAGUAUAUUCAGAUGAUGUAUCCAAAAGCACUCCCUCCUAAGCAGGCGUUUGUCAAGGUUGUCUUUCCUUUGAUCCAGUGUUAAUUAUUCGAUGCCCUGGAAUUUCAGUCCUUUGGUGUUGCCCUGAUGGACCAGUUUGAUAUGCCUGGAUAUUGGUGUCUCGAUUCUUCUAGUGGUUUUAAAAGAAUUAACAUGUUCUAGAAUGCGUCUCUUGAAGGGGCAAAACAUUUUUUCUAUGUAGAUGAGACCACAUUGACAUGUCCGUAAAUAAAUUAGUCCUUUUGUGUUACAAUUGAAGACUACACUUAGAAUGUUUCAUUAAGAUUGCUAUUCUCAAAGUGUUUGGAUUCCUUAGAAAUAAAGUUGCACGCUUUACAGCGGCCACACUUGUAAGUUCCUUUUAAUUUACUUGACAGCCAGUGCUUUGGUGCCAUCUCCCUUUGGAAAUGACUGUGUACGAAUAAGUCUUUAAAAUUCUUUCCACUUCUAGCUGUGAUGGAUACAUUUGGAGAAAUCAUCCCUGAGAUAACCAUCCUGUUUUAGGAUGGGCCAAAAUCUGUCCAUAAUAGUCUUUACCCUAUCCCAACCUCCAUCAUCGGUGGCUAUGCACCUUAACUGUUUAGAGUCACUUGUCUUCUGUAUCAAGAGAGGGUUUACUUCCUCACUUAGGAGACUUUCUCUUUCAGUUAAAAGUGCCCUAUGAUAUGCUCUUUUAAAGCAUUUGUUGGGAUAGCCAUUUGACCUGAACAUAGAUUGUAGUUCUUUCACCCUCUUUUUGAAGUCCUCUGUCAGAGAAAUUUCUUUUGUUGAACUGGUUGAUGGCUUCUCUAGUUCAUCAGACUACUUGUGGCUGUACCUUUUCUAUAGAGGUCUGUUCAUAUGGUACCUUCAGUCUCUGGAGUUAGUGUCACAUCCAAAAGGUUUAAAGAGGGAUUUCACACCUCUGCUGUAAAUCUCAAAUUAAGUUCAUUUUCAUUUAAUAAUUUGAUAAAGGAGAAGAAAUCCUCACUAGACCCCAACGAAACAUCUAUAAAUCUCUUCCAAGUAUGGAUGCACCCUACAAAAUUACUGUACAUACCGGAGAACACAACAUUCUCUUCCCACCAUCAGGUUGGCAUAUGAGGGCGCACAAGAUGUCCCCUUCACCUGGUGGUAGUAAACCCCAUGAAAGAUUAAGUAAUUGUGCAUCAAUAUAAAGUUUAGUAAUUCGAUUGUGAAUUGGUUGUGUUUCUCCAGAUGUGUCCCUCUUUUGCACAAAAAUGGGGGCAGCGGAGGACAGCUACCUGUGUUGCUGACUCUCAAGCCACCUCCUCCCUCAUCUUACUUGGCUCCGGUCACCACAGCGGUCAUCAAGGAACUGCUAGCAGGCCUACAGCACACAAUAUAGGCUUAUAUGGCACAGCUACGCCAAGACCUGCGAAGCCUGACGGAACACUGGAGCAAGAAACCUGCCAAAAUACACAGCACACAGCACUCCUCCAACAGGUGGUGGGCAAACUACAAUAACAACAAGCCAAUACUGAAAUAAGAUUCACAGCACUAGAGGAUCAAAAACGAAGUUUAAAUAUCAAGAUCAGGGGAGUGCCUGAAGAAAUACCUGAAGCAGAACUGACACAUCUGGUGAGAAGGCUCCUGCCACCCAAACAGGCAAGGGCAGUGGAAAUGGAGGGGGUAUUCUGCUUACAGAAGCCUGUCAAAGCACCACCCUCGACACCUAGAGAUCUGCUGAUCGGGUUUCAAAGGAGCAGAGACAAGCAGGCGGUCAUGGCCGCAGAGCGGCACUAUUCUCCUUACACGUUCGAGACCAUGAAGCUCUCAUUUUACGCUGACCUGUCGGGGAGCGCAAUGGCAUGGUGUCGCAGCCCCCAGCCCUUCACAAACACGCACACAACAUCACCUCCAGAUAGAGAUCACCCCGCGCACUAUAAGUUCACCACGACGACACCAUCUACCCUAUCCAAGAUCUUCAUGGUGCAAAGGCGCUACUACACACCCUGGAUCUCCCACCAGACUCUCUGACCACCACCAGGCCGUGUUGUAAAUUACCAAACUCUAUAAAUUAUAAUGUGCGCAUACACAUAUAAACUCUGGUCAGUCUACUUUAACAAAUAUUUAUUCAGAGACAAAACAACAUACAAAUAAUGACACACAAUCUAACUAACUAUACCACCACCACCAACAGCAACAGCAACAACCACCUAACUACCGUGUUUCUCCGAAAAUAAGACCGGGUCUUAUAUUAAUUUUAGUCACAAAAAACUCACUAGGGCUUAUUUUCAGGGUAGGGCUUAUUUAUUUACGGUACCGGUACCGGUACGGUACCCUUUAAUAAAUCCACCCCCCUCUAAUUAAUCCACCCCCCUCUAAUUAAUUCACCCCCCUUUAAUUAAUCCAGCCCACCCUUUAAUUAAUUCACCCCCUCUAAUUAAUCCAGCCCACCCUUUAAUUAAUUCACCACCCCUUUAAUUAAUCCAGCCCACCCUUUAAUUAAUUCACCCCCCUUUAAUUAAUUCACCCCCCUUAAUUAAUUCACCCCCCUCUAAUUAAUCCAGCCCACCCUUUAAUUAAUUCACCACCCCUUUAAUUAAUUCACCCCCCUCUAAUUAAUCCAGUCCACCCUUUAAUUAAUUCACCCCCUUUAAUUAAUUCACCCCUCUUUAAUUAAUUCACCCCCCUCUAAUUAAUCCAGCCCACCCUUUAAUUAAUUCACCCCCCUUUAAUUAAUUCACCCCCCUCUAAUUAAUCCAGCCCACCCUUUAAUUAAUUCACCACCCCUUUAAUUAAUUCACCCCCCUCUAAUUAAUCCAGCCCACCCUUUAAUUAAUUCACCACCCCUUUAAUUAAUUCACCCCCCUCUAAUUAAUCCAGCCCACCCUUUAAUUAAUUCACCACCCCUUUAAUUAAUUCACCCCCUCUAAUUAAUCCAGCCCACCCUUUAAUUAAUUCACCCCCCUUUAAUUAAUUCACCCCCUCUAAUUAAUCCAGCCCACCCUUUAAUUAAUUCACCCCCCUUUAAUUAAUUCACCCCCUCUAAUUAAUCCAGCCCACCCUUUAAUUAAUUCACCCCCUCUAAUUAACCAGCCCACCCUUUAAUUAAUUCACCCCCUUUAAGUAAUUCACCCCCUCUAAUUAAUCCAGCCCACCCUUUAAUUAAUUCACCCCCUCUAAUUAAUCCAGUCCACCCUUUAAUUAAUUCACCCCCCUCUAAUUAAUCCAGCCCACCCCUUUAAUUAAUUCACCCCCUCUAAUUAAUUCACCCCCCUCUAAUUAAUCCAGCCCACCCUUUAAUUAAUUCACCCCCCUCUAAUUAAUCCAGCCCACCCAUUAAUUAAUUCACCCCCCCACCCCCUUUAAUUAAUUCAAUUAAUCCCAGACAUAAAAUAUCUAGCGGUACUCACAUUUCAAAGAUUCCUUGCCGAGUCCGACCACUGGGAGCCUCACCGCCCGGAAAUGGAUCCUUCCGCUGAAGAUCUGUGAAGGCAGACUGACGGCGCUGCAAAAUGUCGUCAUCACGUUGCGCGACGCUCCUUCUACAGCAGAAGAAGGAAGUCUCGCCGCAAAGGUACAAUGCCUAGGUCUUAUUUUCGGGGUAGGGCUUAUAUUGCAGCCCACCCCGAAAAUCCGACUAGGGCUUAUUUUCGGGGUAGGGUUUAUUUUCGGGGAAACACGGUAACAAUAACAACUACAUCUUAUAAAAUCACCAGAUCCCACCCACAGUUCACCAUGAUAGAAAUUAGGCCAUGUCUGCUUGAGUGUCUGCUCAGUAGCACAGCCAAGAAGGAACAGGGAGGAAUGGAGAUAGGGGGAAGUGGUUACCUCUUUCCUGACUUGUAAAUGUAUUGAAUUACCCAAUUACCAUAUCAAAGGGUAACGCAUAUCGCACUGUAAGAAAGGCAUACAUGAGCUUGGUCACAUGACCCCUGGUCACCAUAUUAGUUUGACAGAAUAUCACCACAGGCCGACGGUACCCAAGGCCCUGACCCGAACCUGAAACCCUGCCACAACGAUCCCGUUCGUCCCGAGAAGCCUGCGACAGACGCCUAUGCAGUAGCCACCUCCUGAGGUGACCAAGAGGGCCUGCAGUGCCAGGACUGAUUUACUACUUAACGCAAUUGCUGCUUUUCCUUGCAGACAACCCAAGUUAUUGGACAGUUUAUUAUGUUCUUAGUUCUUAAUGGUCUCUUUUGCGCGUUUGAUAGCUGUUAGCCAAGUUCAGGUGCGUACACAGCAACAUACGAACAAAACCCUCAUGAAGCAGGUAGAAAUGUACAAACCCGGCCGCACACUGUAAGCCUUGGCUCCCUUUAUAAGCACAAGCUUGGCCUACACCUUACCCUGGGCAACAUUGCGGCAUCCCCCUGGAACAGCAUGACCACCCUAUAAGCACACUAACGUUACCCAGCAUAUGUAAGCAUCAUCAUGAUUGACUGCACACGGUGCUGGAAGACCACACACAGGGCAACCACCCGACCGCUCCCACCUUCACUUCCCAGCUAAGACUACCACAGCUACCAACAAGGCACAGGCAACAAGCAUACAGAACACACAACAGCUCAUACUACCAAAACAGCUGACCAGAACUAACGAUGGCAUUUCGAUAACUCUAAGGAAGGCACCUCUCCAUGGGUACUCUUGGACCACCUAAUGGAGCUACUACACCACACAAAUGCCUCCAAUAUCUCCACAAGGGCCCUUGUGAGUACCUGGGGACGGUGGAGGGCCAACACCGGACAAAAGGGACAAUGACACUGUAAGCCGCCAUGAAGAUUAGCACAGUAAAAGGGUAGCGGUACAGGAGUGGCAGGGACAUGCUUCCACCAUAACCCACUAAUCCUGCCUCACAUGUAGGCCGUGACCCACAUCCCCUGCAGAGAAAAACGUAACCGCACUACCAAAUGCAUAUUAGGCUGCAAUUCCUACAAUCCCAUAGGUUUAUCGAUCGCUCUCUGAGGGGUUAGUAGCAAAAUUACAGCUUUCUUACCCUAUGCAUACACAUACCGGCAUACUCUUCACGUAGGGCAACACGCAACUAAAACACACAAGCAGUACACAUCACUGGAUAGACCGGUAUACCUGCCCAACUUAAGCGAGCACUAUGCUGGGUUCUCUCACCGCAUGACUACCCAAACCCUUUAACGGGUUCAUAGCAAAUAACCCUUGUGUCGCCUUACAUAUAGUGCAUCUUAGCAUUGCAUGUCUUUAACUGUUUGAACAUAGUACAUGUACUUUUCUUAUAAACUUGCACACAAAAGAAAAAGGCUACUUUUUUGCUUGAGCUACUGUUAUGGAUGUAAAUUAGUGAUAGUAAAAUGUCUAUUUACUGUGUAUACGUGUAUUCAAUAUUUACUCAAAAUGGCUGCUAGAGCACCCACUCCCACCAACUAACUACCUCGUGUAACAAGAUGGCACCUACAUCCGGAGUAAAAUCCCGGGAUGAUGGUGACAUCACGCCUUGUAGGAUGUGCACUAGAUAAGACCCUUAACACCUAACCAUUUGAAAAUGUAUUCUUUCUGUUAUCUACAUUUUUUUAAUAUGAUGUAUUUUUGCCUUUAAAAGGGGCUUGCCGCCCCCCUGAUUAAACAUUCCAAAGUUUUCCGUUAACCUGAUACCUGUGUCUCAGUGUGUUUUACUUCAGAGCGUGCACGCACUUGUUUUAACAAUUUGGAAGGGAGCAGAUACUCAAAUAAACACUUGGUUUGAUCCACAACAUUUGUGCCCAACGUGGGGCUCCGGGUUUGUGACCCUUCCUGGUCAGCCUUCCUAGAAGACACCGGGGGCAGACCGGCAGUGACGUGAGAGAGCCUGAUCAACUCUGAAUAUACAGUAAUGACUGCGGCAGCACCUUGCCUAUAUAUCCUGUCCCUGUGAUUGGCCUAUCUCUGUGUCUACGUCGGCUGCUGGAGGGCACCAAAGACAGGUAAAUAGCUUGCCCGGAGCCCCUCUGUAUAGGACCUGUAUAUUGACCAUCUGCCUCCUGGGUGUGAAGGGGAAAGGGGAGAGUAUUUCACAGGCAUUUUAUAGCUUUACCGCUACAGCGCCGUAAGCGCGUGGAAGGGGAAUUGUAUUUUAUAGCUUUACCGCUACAGCGCCGUAAGCACGUGGCCGGGGAAUUGCAUUUAUAGCUUUACCCUCGUAGCGCCGUACGCGCGCGGCCAGGGUUUAUUGUUGGCUUUAGCACAGUAAGGCACGUGGCAUUGUUCUUGAAUUAUAUUAAAGGGUUUGUGUUUUGUUUGCAUUUAUUGUGAAGGAAUUGUGAUUUGAUUGUAUCUGUAUUUUGAACCUUCUGGUGUAUAUGUCUUUUUGUCUGGAAUACGUGUAAUGUGUAAGUAAGUAAUUGUAAUGCUUAAAGUAUUGUUGAAAUCCAAUGCCAGCUACCCGCCCUAUAAUGGCGCUUGGCACGGAGGGAAGGAGGUCGGCCCAGUCACUGUGACCUCCACCCAGUUACCUGUGUCAACAGUCACUGGCCCCCACCUCUGUGUUCCCCCUUCCUUAGGGCGGAUGGAUCUUUAUAUUCCCCCGCCCCUGUCAUGCCCUCCCUGCCCGCCCCAGAUAUGUCCUACCUCUCCACCCCGACUGAGCCUGCCCCGUUACUUCCGCCCUUGCUCUGCCCUCGCUUCCUGCACCCGUCACUUCUGCCCUUCCUCUGCCCUUGCUUCCUGCUCCUGCCACUUCCGCCCUUGCUGUGCCCUUUGUUCCUGUCUCUGCCCCUUCCGCCAUUAUUACCGCUUCCUCUCCCGAACACUUGCGGCCCCCCAGUAUGUCUCUUCCCAUUAUACCCGUCGUGGCUGACUGACACUUAGUGUCCCUUGCAGACCCACCCAUUCUCACUCCCUAUGGGGGAGUUCAGGUGCUGAGCACUCCACUCCCAACCCCUACAUACCCUGUCCAGGUACGAUACUAUCGGAGCGGCCCAAGCCCCUAGUUCCUUCGAGGCCGCCAGCUCUCAUGGGUAUCAAAUCCCACCCCUUGGUGAUGGUAGCCUGUUUUGCGGCUCUCUCUCCCAAUGCCGUAUCGAGAAUCCUAGAGUCCCCCAGGACGAGAACCCCAAAAUCCAGUUUCUUACAGAUGGAGCCACUUUGAUGUAGGUUUCAUUCACCCCGUCCCAGGCCGCAACUCUCAUGGGCUCUCUCCCAGAUCCAGAGAAACAGCCCAUGCCAUUCUACCAAAGGAUUGCCCAGAUCCGAAAGACCUAUUCCGCGGCAUGGCGUGAUUUGUGUAGCCUCUGUGAAAUUAAUGCAGGCAGUGCUUAUUGGCCCGUUCUGGAGAGAAGCUUCUCCAAUGCUCGACUUACUAAUGAGUCUGACUUCUCCUCCGGUGUUAAGUUCUGUGAACAGCUUAAGCUGUGGGCUCAAGAUAAAUUAGCUGACCAGGCUACCGGUAUCAAAAAUGUUAUCCAAGGUAAGAUCGAGUCUGUGGAGAAGUAUCACUCCAGGUUGUCCCAAAUCUUGUCUGACCUGGGUUUUAGUUUGUACAACAAGGCCUAUACCCAAAUGCUAUUCUCAGCCUUCGUGGCAGGCCUUAAAGAAUCCAUUCACAAAGGCCUAAUUCUGUCCCGCCCUGAAUACAGGAUCAUUCCUCUGGAUACCCUCCUGCUGGUUGUAAAGGGCCUAGAGUCCUCCUAACUACCCCCACCUAGAAAGCCAGUCCCUCUCAUGUUCUCCCACUCUGUACACCCACACCAACCUUCAGGCCUCCCUGUGAGCCAGGCCCUAAGCCUUCCUAUGGGUCAGCCUCCUAUGCAACAACAACAACAGCAAAAAGGGUUUUAUAACUGUGGUCAAUCUGGACAUUUCAGGAGAGACUGUCCAGCUCCUAGGGCUCCUAGACAGUUCAUGCGGGAUGUGAGGCAGCCCCACCCCGCAGCAGGUUAUUCCCAGUUCUCAGCCCCCAGUUACCUGGUACGUCCUCACCCCGCUGCCAGUUACCCUACUGCCGGUUAUUCGCCUUCCCCACCCAGCCAGCCUGCUGUCCAAUUCCCACCUCCUCCCCCUGCAUCAGCCAGCCGCCCUUACACUGGCCCAGGCCGUGCUCAUCUUGAUCUUGUACAAUAGGUAACUGGCAAACCUGUGUCACCCACCCCUGUCAUGGCAGUGUCUACAAGGGAUAAGGGAGGGCCCAUAGCCACAGUGGUCCUGCCUGUGGAAGGCCACCCAACCACUUUUCUCUUUCCUCACGAUUAUUGAUGUAUUUUAUGCGUAGGUGUAGACGGCACUCCCCGGAGUAGCCCACUAACUAAGCCUUUACAAGUCGGCACCUACCCAGACCUCCUGGCCCGUUUUGUGGUUUCCUCUACGUGCCCAAUUAACCUGUUAGGAGCAGAUGUCCUCUCCCGUCUCCAAGCCUCUAUCUCUUUUAUCCCAGAUGGCCAGAUACAAUUGUCCUCCCCCCUGUCCACCACUGACACUUCAGCCCUCUGCUCCAUACCCCUCCUGCUCCACAUGGAGUCUCCUAACAGGGAUGCAAUGGUCCUAGAUGAUUCCCCCCCCCCCCUCCCCAGUGCCUUUGACAGAAUUCCUGCCAAGUUGUGGUCCACAGGCCCAGAUGACAUUGGACAAAUCCCCCCCUGUUGUGCUGAAAUUACUCCAAGGUGUCAAUCCACCCCGUAAACCGCAAUAUCCUUUGAGGCCUGCCCAGGCCCUUGCUAUCCUCAAACAAGUUGAAAGCCUGUUAUCAAAAGGUGCCCUGGUCAAAUGUGAAUCUCCCUGCAACACUCCCCUAAUCUCUGUGAAGAAUAAGAUUGAAAAGGGUGAGCCAGAAAAGUACAGGAUGGUCCAAGACCUCAGAGCCGUCAACGAUGCAACCUUUCUGGACACCCCUAUUGUACCUAACCCUCAUACUCUGUCAGGAGUCCCACCUACGGCAAAGUAUUUUACAGUGGUGGAUUUGGUAAAUGCCUUCUUCAGUGUUCCCCUACACCCUUCCAGUCAAUAUCAGUUUGCAUUCACCGAUGACCGUCAGCAAUACACCUGGACUGUCAUGCCUUAAGGAGCACAGAAUUCACCAAGUCAGUUUGCUAAAGCUAUGGCUUCCAUUCUGGACUCAUGGCAAAAGACUCACACUGAUGUGGUUCUCCUCCAAUAUGUGGACGACCUCCUCCUCUGUGCUGACGACCCUCCCACGGCUGAACGUACCUCAUAAGAUUUACUUUGCUACCUCGCUGAACAAGGAUGUAAGGCGUCCAAGAAGAAGCUGCAAUGGUGCCGGCCCUCCGUGGUCUUCUUGAGACAUUGUCUCACCCAUGGCACCCGUCACCUCACCCGGGAACGGGUGUGGGGUAUCUUAGCUAUCUGCCCACCCACAGCUCACAAACCCCUUCAUGCCUUCUUGGGCCUCAUCUCUUACUGCAGGGCCUGGAUUCUAGAGGCCUCCACUCUGAUGCCCUAAAGACAGAACCAUUUUCUCUAUCCCCUGAAGCCUUGUUCAGCUUCUUUGCUUUGCAAUGUGCCAUCUCCACUGCGCCCGCCCUGGGCCUUCCCGAUUAUAGGAAACCCUUCAAGUUGUUCAUGUCUGAAAGGUUGGGUCAUGCCUCAGGAGUCCUCACUCAGUCCCAUGGUUCCCGCCAACGCCUGAUUGGCUACUACUCAUGCCAGCUGGACACCGUGGCAAGAGGGGGCCCCUACUGUCUUCGAGCAGUCUUCGCAGCACAGGCCCUCAUUGACAAGACAAGUGAUUUGAUCCUUGGGCAUAAACUCACCAUUCUUGCACCCUACGACAUUGCCGCCAUCCUCAAUCAGGUCCAGACCAAGCAUCUCUCGGGUGCUCGCCAUCUCCGCUUACAAUGCUCCCUUUUGCUGCCAUAUAAUGUAUCCUUGCAGAGAUGCUACUCCCUUAACCUGGCCACUCUUCUGCCACUUCCCAGGGGGGGAAUUCCCCACUACUGGUUCUGCCUCAACAUAGACCCAGACUCCAUUAUUUGCAUGGAGCGGCGCAAGCCCCCUGUCCCCCAUGAUACCCAGCCUUUCCCCCAUUGCACAUUGUGGUUCAGAAACACCCCAGGACCCGAACCACAUUAUGAACUGUUCCAGCUGGUGGAGGUACGCCUUACCAUAACUGAUCUAUUCUGUGACCCCAACAGCAAUUGCCUAGCCACAAUCCUCCUGCCUAUGGAGAUAGGCCACCUAUAUCACCACUGGGGUGUGGCUAUCCCUCACAUUUUUCUCCAAGUUCCCACAGAUUUCAUGGAAAGAACUUGGCUCAUUGGCUAAAUCAUGGAGCACCGCGGACCAAACCCAGCUCUCUGAAGAGGGUGUCACCAAGCGAACUGUGAACUGCAAAGCAACUGGCUACCAUAGAUUCCACACAGAAAUAUGCACUAACGCCCCUCCCACAGACCAGGACCAGGAUCCAGAAGCACCAUAUGAUUGCUUUGAACAAAUGAAAAUGGAAACAACGCAUCUCCCAACGGUGCAUGAAACUGCCCUACUAGAACUUGACCUCACCCUGUUUGUGGAUGGCUCAAGAUAAAAACUUACCUUUUUCCAGCGCUGGGCGGAGAGCUCUCCUCCUCCGAUCCUCCUCUUCUCCUCCCCGUCGGCUGAAUGCGCACGCGCGGCAAGAGCUGCGCGCGCAUUCAGCCAGUCAUAUAGGAAAGCAUUCAUAAUGCUUUCCUAUGGACGCUGGCGUGCUCUCACUGUGAAAAUCACAGUGAGAAGCACGCAAGCGCCUCUAGUGGCUGUCAAUGAGACAGCCACUAGAGGAAAUAGGGGAAGGCUUAACCCAUUCAUAAACAUAGCUGGACCAGGCACCCAGACCACUUCAUUAAGCUGAAGUGGUCUGGGUGCCUAGAGUAGUCCUUUAAGAUGGCCCAAGAAACUAACCUGCCCUGGCCCGAGAGUCUCCUCAUAGCUCUGUUUAGUAUAAGGUACACACAGAGAGGGAAGUUGUUCUGUCCCCUUAUGAGAUUCUGUUUGGUUCAGUCCCUAGGCUUAGGUGCUAUUUCCCCCCCGCAACUUCAACUCCAGUCUGAUAUAUUUGUUGAUUAUGUAACUGCCUUGACCAAAAUCCAUGCACAAAUGUUUUCUUCCAUUCCAGAUCCAGAGUCUGAUACAGGAACCCACCGACUGCUUUCUGGUGAUUGGAUUUUGGUUAAGAAAUUUGUGAGGAUAAACACUCUUAAACCAAGAUAUGAUGGUCCCUUCCAAGUCCUCUUAGUCACAGCUACUUCUGUUAAAUUGGCCUGAAAGAGCACGUGGAUACACGCCUCCCACUGCAAGAAUGUUCCAGCCCCAGAGAAAGUGGACUGUCCUAAGCCAUGAAUCUCCUGCAUACCCUUCUGCUGCUAGGCCUUAUAAGGGCCCAUCAAGUUGCCGUCACUAAAGAUAAUCAUGUCUAUACAUUUUGGUACAACUCAUCUAACACACAUGUGGCCACCUUAACGUUUGACUAUUGUGACAUUGUCAGCUGUUCAUUCCCACAGUCAUUGCUCUCAACAGUAUACAAAGACAUACCCACCAUAAAAGACCCAUACACAUAUGUGACACACGACUAUUGGGGACAUGACUGCAGUUCCUGGAGGGCGGCGGGUUGGAAUGCAGGGCCAGCAUGGGGCUACAAACCACAAAGUGCCCUAGAUAGGGUGGACAGGAACGAAGAAUCCUUAUUGCAUAGAAUGACUUUACGAAAGCCAGGUGGGGCGACCCCAAUGAAACUCACCCUAAAUAUAGAACACCCCAGUCUCGGAGAUGCUGGAGAAUAUGUAAUGGGAAUGUAUUGGAGAGGGGGAGGCUCCUAUAAUAAGCAGGGACGCUUCUACCUACAAGAUAUGUAUCAGUCACCCGAGUGGAUAGACUCCCGACAUAUGACUGUCAACCCUCUUAAACACCACAUUAAGACGUUUAAGGACAUGGUAGCUAUAGCAAAUCCCACAUUCGAAGAUACUAUGGCCGUAGAGAUGGGUUUCUCAGAUACUAACCUAUGGCUUGAAUGGAUGAGAUAUAAUGCAAACAAACAUAACAAAACGAACUGCUAUGUCUGUGGAGGAGCCCGACCCCAUCUAGGCACUAUACCCCUAAAUUUACCCCCUGACGUAGAGACAUGUUUUUUUUAAGCCUCUAUGCCCAUUAUAAAACUAAUUGGUCAGCGUGUGAGUCAUGGAAGAAGGAAUAUCCUAUGAUCACCAAGAAUGUUAAGCCAGCCGAGGUCAUUACUGUAUAUCCAGGAAACUACACCUGCUACGGUAUUUACAAUAGGAUAGGCAGAUUUCUGGGUAAUUUCACUCACGGAUAUUGUGCUACAUAUAGAACAGUCCCACUUGCCUUGUUACAGUAACACGUUAGGUCCUUGGGGGACAUAUAUUGUGGGGAGAUAUGCAACUUAGGGCAAGGAUUGAAGAUGUAUGGUGGGGGGAAUGCCAAGGUUAUGCCCAUACACAUAUCUGACAAUCACCAAGGUAGUCCUGACACGCCACAUUCAUAUUUUAGAAUCAAAAGGAGCACCCCUGUAAAGGGCAGUUUUGACCAAGGGGGGUACCGAACGAAUUCAUGGCAAGAGACAAAGUCUCUGCUAAUAAGAAUUUGAAUUGGAUUAAUUAUAUCUAUUAUAAUCAACAGUGAUUUGUUAAUUACACUAGAGAUGCCCUUCAAGGGCUGGCUGAACAAUUACAAGCUACUUCCCAGAUGACCUUCCAGAAUAGGAUGGCCUUAGAUAUGAUUCUGGCAGAAAAAGGGGGAGUAUGUAAAAUACUCCCUGACACCAUGACCUUUUGUACCUUCAUCACAGAUAACACUGGCCCUAAUGACAAGGUAACUCUGGCAAUAGAGAAGCUAGAGAAUCUCUCUGAAGAGUUGAAAAGAAAUUCUGGGGUCACAGAUCCGUGGGAAAGAUGGUUUGGAUGGAUGAAUGGUUGGCAGAAAGUUUUGGCCAAGUUAGGCGUGGCUGUCUUGAUAAUGUUGGUUAUCCUUGCUCUCAUUGUCUGUUGCAUGCUACCCUGUAUUAAAAAGUGCCUACAGAAGACCGAAGAUCAGGCCACCCCGACUUUCAUUCACCAAGACAUAGAUGACAAGGAUUAUGACAGUCCUCAUUCUCCGUUGCAGUCCCUUCACACCAAUCACAAAGCUACUUAUUUUUAGGGAUAUUAGGGAUAGCGUCUGUCUUUACGGGCAAAGUCUGUAGCGAGGGGAUAGUGGACAAGCCACUGCCCGUCUUAUGCGCAGCAUCAAAAGAGUUUCAAGGCUUGUUAGACAGAUGUGCUGCAGCCUCUUAGGGACAGAUUUAGAUAUUCAGUAGCUUUUGUAGAAUGUUAGUAAAUAGACAUAGGGGAAGGGACUGUUAUGGAUGUAAAUUAGUGAUAGUAAAAUGUCUAUUUACUGUGUAUACCUGUAUUCAAUAUUUACUCAAAAUGGCAGCACUCCCUCCCACCGACUAACUACCUCGUGUAACAGGAUGGCGCCUACAUCCAGAGUAAAAUCCCAGGAUGAUGGUGACAUCACGCCUCAUAGGAUGUGCACUAGAUAAGACCCUUAACACCUAACCUUUUGAAGAUGUAUUCUUUCUGUUAUGUACAUUUUUGCAUAUGAUGUAUUUUUGCCUUUAUAAUGGGCUUGCCGCCACCCUGACUAAACAUUCCGAAGUUUUUCAUUAACCUGAUGCCUGUGUCUGUGUGAUUUACUUCAGAGCGUGCAGGCACUUGUUUUAACAAUUUGGAAGGGAGCAGAUACUCAAAUAAACAAACACUUGGUUUGAUCCACAACACCUAUGCUCCUUGAUUGUACUCAUGGCUCAUGUGAGCACCUACUGUUAUUAUCUGAUAUGUAUUACUCGAAUGCCUCAAUAAAAUAAAGAAUUUUAAAAAAUAAAAAUUGGGCAGAUUUGAUGGGCCAAAUGGUUCUUAUCUGCCGUCACAUUCUAUGUUUCUACAUGGGCAUUGACUUCAAAUGUUUCUUCAUGUAAACUAUUCUGUUGGUUGGGAGAUCAUUAGUAGUGAUGAUCUCUAAGCAGGUAGAACAGAACUGCAGCUAGGGACUGUCUCACUGCUGAAUUAAAGGUAUGAUAACUCUUUAUGGAGAGGGGGGGGCGACUUAAAUAUACACUGAAAAAUGCAACACUCCAGCAUUAUACAUAACUGUGUUUUAUGUAUAAUGCUGAAAUGUUCUUAAAAGCAUUGAGUGUUUCUUUAAAAGGGCAAGCUACUCGUCUGUUCUAAAUGUCUGUCUAUUAAGCAUUAAAAGAUAUUUGACUGUUUUGUAUAUUUGAUUAUACUUUUUUUAUCUUAACAUUGUUUUAGCUGUCACAUGGUGGAGCAUCUUCCUUAUGUGAUGAAAGCAAAACAAAAGCAAAAUCCAUGGGCAAUGAACGAAAUUUAAAUCAAUACCUGCACGAUGAACAGAUUGCCCUCUUCCUGCAGAAUGAAGAGUUUAUGAGAGAGCUUCAAAGAAACAGAGAAUUUCUUCUUGCACUGGAAAGAGGUACAGGCUCCGAUUUACUAUGCUACAAAAUGUCAUGA